AUGUCUCUGGUUACCGAUGCCUUUGUGUCUCAGAUAGCAGGUAACUCGCUCAUUGCUCCCUGUGUCAGUCUGUACUCCAUGACCUGCCUCUCCCUGACAGCCAUAGCACCCUGACAGCCAUGCCACUCACCCAGCAAGGCCUGGGCACCUGUGGCAUCGCCUCUGUGACUGGUACAAAUAAAAAAAAGCAAUGGAGUGAUGGGAGUUGGAGUUUGUCACUCAGUUGUUAAAGCUUAUAAAAGCAGCCUGAUUGGGUCACCACUGUGUAUGAGAGAGAGAGAGAAAGGAGGAAAAAAAUAAAAGUGGUUAAAUCACGAACUCACAUGUGUUGUGGCAGAUUAAAAAUGUAUUAUCAUUGGUUCAGGGAUCACAAGAAUUGUAGUCAGGGCUUUAUUAAAGGACCACUAUAGUCAGCCAGACCACUUCAGCUCAAAGAAGUGGUCUGGGUGCCAGGUCCCUCAGGUUUUAACCCUUCAGAUGUAAACAUAGCAGUUUCAGAGAAACUGCUAUGUUUACAUUUGGGGUUAAGCCAGCCUCUAGUGGCUGUCUUUCGGACAGCCAUUAGAGGCGCAUCUGCGACGCUGGUGGCAUAUUAUGCCUCCAUCGUGCAGAGCGUCAUAGGAAAGCAUUGAGAAAUGCUUUCCUGUGGAGACUUUGAAUGCGCGCGCGGCACUUGCCGCGCAUUGCAUUCGGAUCCGCUGACGGAUGGGGGAGCUGACGUCGGCGGGGAGGAGAGGUCAUCAGCGCCAAGGGAGCCCGGCGCUGGAAUAAGGUAAGUGGCUGAAGGGGUCCCCCAAGGAUGACAUAGUGUCAGGAAAACGGGUUUGUUUUCCUGACACUAUAGUGAUCAUUUAACUAGAACACAAAACUGAAGUGAACUGAAAAUCAAGUUGCAAAAUUUAGGGUAAUAGCCAAGCCGUGACUAUAGCAGAGUUGGAUACGUUAUCUACAUGAGCACUUUUUUGCCUAAAUCUUGGAACAUGGUUAAAAGUUAUUCUAAUUUAAUGUUUAGUUUUAUAGUUAAAAACCUUUUCUACCUCCUGUAAGCACAAACUUCAUUAUAAUAAAUCUUUACUUAUAGAGAAACUGUCAUGUCUCUGAAAAUGACAGUUUCCCAUUACCUCAUCCCAGUAAAUGCUAUUGAAGUGUUUACUGAGAUAAAGAGUGCAGCACUUCCUUGUUCCAUGUUAUCUGGUUAGAAAAUGGAAUAUGAGCUCAUGUACUCUAGCCAUUCCCGUCCAAGUACAGUGUGCACACCUCAGGUGAAUGUUGCCAAGUUGCAAAAUGUUGACUCCUUUGAUAACAUGUAACUAAUUUGGCUGUUUGCAAAUUGAUAAAUUUCAGCCAAAUUGCACAGAAGGAGCUACGAGUCCUAAAAGAAAGUUGAUGUAAAGCAGAACCCCAGCCCAUAAGAAAAUAUGCAUCUGUAAUUUGCAAUGUCUUGGGCAAAUCCUUGUAAUUCAUGUAAUUUUUCCUGCAUGCAGAUGAUCAUCUCACAUAUCUUCCCUAACACACAGGUGUUAUUAACUCCAAUUUCUGCUAUCCUGCCUAUUUCAUAUCACAUUCCAUGCUCUAAUGCUAUAAGAACUCUAAAAUAUUACUUAACUAGUCUGCUGCCAGAACGAUAUUGUUAGAAUUCGCUUUAAAGGGUCAUGUCCGCACAUGCUCCUGGAAUUGUCCAGAGUGGUACUAGCCUGGAAGGUUUGUCAUUUUCAGGCUGUGCAGGGGAAUCUAUGAUUGUGUUGAGGCUCCCUGGUUGUUUUGGUGUCUGCUCCAACUUGUAACAGGAACCCGAGAGAGACCAUUGCUGAAUUUGGUGUCCAUUCGCUAAACCCUGAAGUUGUCAAUUAAAUUCAUAUGAAAAUAGCAGGGAUUCAUUCAGCUAAAUUUGUUUAGCAUUGGAUUAUUUGUGAAUUCACUAAACCACAGAGUAAUUUUAACAAUGGUAUAAUUAGACUUGAGUCGAACUAUAUCAGUUGAGUUAGCAAAAUAGAAUUUGGUACAAUAACCUUUAUGCAAAUUUAUUAUGCAUAAAGAAACACUCAAGCACCAUAUCCUUAUCAUCUCUCUAUAGUGCUUAUGGAACCCUUCACCUGUUGCAAGGAGUCAUGCCUUUUUUUUUUUUUUUUAACAGUUUGACUCCCUCCUCCACUGCCAGAAUUUCCUAAGUAGUCCCGCAGUGCAGGUCUUAGCUCAUUGGCUGAGAGCAUCAGCUGAUCGCUCUCAGUCAAUGAGCUAAGACCUGCAUGCAAUACUAACAUCAAGAGAGCUAACAGAAGUUCCUUCUUUGUAUGUUCCAUCUCUCCAGCAAUGACAGUGGAGGUUGUAACAAGUCAAACUAUUCAAAAAUGGUUUCAGUCCUGGCACUAUAACCACUGAACAUUAGUGGUUAUGGUGCUUGGGGUGUUCCUUUAGUGUGACCAGGUAAAAGUAUAAAUUAUGUAAUUCUACAUCAUUUCCUCUUGAUUUUAUAUUUGAUAGAAUAGUCACUUAUUCAUGAAUUAAAGAAUGAUAGGGGCUCUUAAAGCCUGCAUGAAAACAAAUGUAGCAUGCUGUUGCUUACAUUACUGUUCCCACACUAUUGCAUGAAAAAUAGGUAUUCGUAAUUUGAACAGAAGUAAAUCCCAUAUAAAAGGCUAAUUUAGAAUGUCUUUCUUUUUUUUUUGAAGAUUAAACAAGUAUUAAACAGUAAUAGUUGUUUCAUGAUAAGAUAAACAUCAAAAUAUGAAUAUUACAUUACAGUGCAUACAAAGCUACAUAAAAAGACAUACAACAUAAAAAAGAUAUCGGGUCAGCCAUCGGGAUCUGGGAGUUGGACGGAGUCAGUGUCACUUCUUUAAAAUAAUCAUUUAGAGCUAGAGACACUUUCUGAAUGUUAUCUGUGUUUUAUCUUACAAAUGCAUCUAUGCCAGGGUUAUUAAUUUAAAUAAGGUAUAGAUAGUUUAUUCUUUGUAGUAGUCAAACCAUUGCCCCCAAAUCUUAUUGUAGGAACUGAUAUUGUUAUCCAUAAAAUAUACCGCCUUUUCCAUUAAACCUUGAUAUAGAUUGUCUUUCUUAAAGAGAAAAAUAGGUAGAUUUGUUGACUACUACUGUCUCAAAGUACCCAGCUAGCUGAGGGUCCUUGCCUACUUUUAUCCAUGGGAGUUGAUCAGUUAAACUUUUAUUUAGAUGAGACCAUAGUCCUUUCUAAAUAUUGAAAGACAAGCUUUAACAUAUGUAUACACAUUUUUGAAUGUGGCCUUUUCAGUUUUUUUGUUUUUGUUUCUGACCUUUAGUUUUUUUUGUGUGCAUUUUCCACGUAAUUCUUCUAUUCAUUAACAGUUUUAAACUUAGGGUAGGUUUCAUGUUGAUCUAAAUAUUUUUUUGCUUACAUCUGCUUUUAAUAUACUUGUUUUAUAAUUUUCUGAUGUAUUUUAUUCAAAGAAACAAUCCAGGCAGUCGUUCCAGGGUGCCGGCUUUUCUUUAGAGGUCAAACUGUUUACAAAUGGUUUAACCACAAAGUUGAGAAAGAGGCACGUGUCUGCUCUGCUCCCUGAUUUCUGUUGAUGGUCGGUGUAUUCAUUGAGGGGGUCUCUUCUUGCUCUCCCUGUCACUCAGUUCUUCGACAUUGAGUCUAUGGUGAAAAUUGAUAGGUGUCAGAAAGACCUAUGUUUAAAUAGUAUUUUUUCCCCAAUCUAUACAUUUGCAAGCACAGCACAAUGCAUAGAUAACAUUUUAUGCUCCUUAUAAAGUGCAUAAGUUAUAAUUGGCUACAUUAACUGACUAUAAUGACUAUAGUGUAUUCCUAACACUAUAGUGUCCCACGCACCCCCUGGAAGCAAAUAAAGGGUUGAAAACCAAUUUUACACUUAAUUUAUUAAAGUACAGAGGUCCCUUAGCGCUGGAUUGGGCUCAAGCCCCUCCAUCGUCAGCCAAUGUGGGGGAACCUAAUGUGCAUGUGCUGCAAGCACCGCACGUGCAUUUAGACCUUCCACAUAGGAAAGCAUUGAAUCAGAGUGUGAGGAUGGCCAGCGUUGGUUCACAGAGUCAAACGUCGUGAAAGGCUAAGAAGUGCCUCUAGUGCAGGCCUGUCCAACCUGUGCCUCUCCCCCCUCCCCCCCCGAUGUUGCUGAACUACAACUCCCAUGAUUCUUUCAAUUAAACAGAUAGCCAGGGAAUCAUGGGAGUUGUAGUUCAGCAACAUCUGGGGGGGCCGCAGGUUGGACAGCCCUGCUCUAGUGUCUGGCUUGUAGAGUGCCACUAAAGAGGCUGGCUUAAUCCUGCAAUGUUAACAUUGCAGUUUCCUUGCAACUGCAUUGUUUGCAGCUGCAGGGCUAACAUUACAGGGGCAUUACACCCAGAUCAUUUCAGUGAGAUGAAGUGGUCUAGGUGCCUAUAGUGUCCAUUUAAUUGAAUAGCAUAUACCCCUAGAAGUCAUAGGGAAAAUUACUAUUCUCUAACCAGUGUUAGAUUCUGGUAACAGAUACAUUUGAAGGUCCAAGCCAUACCCAUAAUGUAUGUAAGAUCUAAAAUUCACUACAAUAUUAUUUCAAUUGGAAAUGCACUUUGACAGAGUUAAAGGAACACUAUAGGGUCAGGAACACAAACAUGUAUUCCUGACCCUAUAGUGUUAAAAUCACCAUCUAGCCACCCUGCCCCCUCAACCCCCACCUUUCUAAAUAUAGUAAAAUCUUACUUGUAUUAAAGUCUGCAGCUGCCAGCUCUGCUCCAGUCAGUCUCUGAACUGCCUAUGAACUCUUGACAUCAUCAGAAGUGGUGGUCCGAGCCAAUCACAAUGCUUCACCAUAGGAUUGGCAGAAACUGUCAAGGAGGCAGAUCAGGGGCAGAGUCUGCACAAGUCAAACACAACCCUGGCCAAUCAGCAUCUCCUCAUAGAGAUGCAUUGAAUCAAUGCAUCUCUAUGAUGAAAAGUUGAGUGACUGCAUGCAGAGGGUGGAGACACUGAAUGAUGUGAUGCAUACUAGGCAGGACUGCCCCAGGGAGCCCCUCCAGCAGCCAUCUAAGGAGUGGCCAGUGAAGUUAUCACUGGGCUGUAAAGUAAACACUGUAUUUUCUCUGAAAAGCCUGAAAUGAAUGAUUCUACUCACCAGAACAAAUACAAUACGCUGUAGUUGUGACUAUAGUGUCCCUUUAAAAUAUAUUUACCAGUAUGCUUCUUGUUGAAAUCAGUGGAGAACACUCAGAACUGCCUCCAGUGGCAUACAUACAUGUGAAUAGAACUGGCAGUGACUCUCAGGAUUACACAAAGGGCAUCACACUAAGACACAGUGAGAGAAAAAUCAGUUGCAUAUAAAGUGAAACUAAGGUGUAAAGAUUUCCUACCUAGUACAUAAACCAUGGGUUAAAUCUAACUAAUGGUUGUAUAACCUAAUAUAUAACUGCUACAACUUUGUUUUUCCUGUAAAAUUUGAGUUUUUGGCUGUGCUCUACUGUAAAGGACAAGUAACUACUUUUGUAAAAAUAUGGCCAUUAAAAACAAUGUCCACUAAAGUGUGAAUAAUCAUACCAAACUGCAAAUUGUGCAUGCAUCAACAUACCCCAUACUGUUACAAAUGUUUAUAAAAAAGCGUGAGGAUUGGUGUUGGGGUACCCCAUGCGUGUUGUAAACUUAUAUGCACAGCAAAAAUAAAGAAUAAAAAAAAAAUGUCCAGAGUGAAAUGUGUAAAAACUCUGCAGGUAUUGAAGGAACACUCUGUGUACUCAUUUAAUCUCAAUUAAGUGGUUACAGUGCCUGGAUACCCUGGCUCCAUCUUACAUUCUAGUUUUUAACCAUAUUUGAACAGUUUAACACAGAAGAAAUGCCUCCAGACGCCUGCCUGCUAUCUCUCUUCUCCUUAGCUUGAGCUGCAAAUGGGUGUCAAUGAUUCCCUGUAGGCAUCUGCUUAUGUAGCACCCAGGUAAGUGUCAAGCCAUACUGAUAGUUUGACAGAUUACACUGGUACAGCACCAGGGCGUACCAGUAUGUACAUUGGUACACUGUAUUCAUUUCAGUAGUUUCAUCAUAGUUUUGAUUUUUCAGACAAUUGCAACCCAGUUUUUUCCUUUCCAGCUUCCCCUCUUAUUAUCACUGAAUUGCCGACUGUUCCCUUAAUUCAUAUGUGCACAAUUCUGAAAGGGAAAGGUGCACUUCCUCCUGCUUCCUGGAAGAGGACUGUAUGUCAGUUGUUUUUGUAUAGUUUAUUUCAGGCGGCUACUUGAACUAGAUUGUUCAAUGUGCUGCAUAAAGGGAUUAAUGUGUAGAAUUUGUGCAUUGCAGAAGUUAACCAGAUACAAAUGACUUCCUUAGGUUUGCAGAGUAGUUUUCUGAAAUUUUUAGUAGCACGAAGAAAGUCUCCAUUAAAUAUACUCCUAAACGUUAGAUGCUUGCAGGAGUAUUUUAAAACCUUUUGUUAAACUGUGGUUUACUAAAUGCGUUCCUUUUGAAUUUCCUUUGUUUGCUGCAAAUGUGUUGCUUUUUCAGGGAUGCGAAAGUUUCUGAGACUUCCUUGCCAAUCGUAUUUCUCUCGCUGUUCUUAAUAGGAGAAGGAUAUUAUGGGAUAUGUAGUUUAGUACUUGGCAGAUUAAAAUGCAUUAAAGGACCACUAUAGGCACCCAGACCACUGGUCUGGGUGCCAGGUCCAGCUAGGAUUAACCCUUUUUUCUGUAAACAUAGCAGUUUCCGAGAAACUGCUAUGUUUACCUAUAGGUUAAUCCAGCCUCUAGUGGCUGUCUCAUUGACAGCCGCUUGAGGGCCUCCGCACAUUUCUUACUGUGAUUUUCACAGUGAGAAGACGCCAGCGUCCAUAGGAAAGCAUUGAUAAUGCUUUCCUAUGAGACUGGCUGAAUGCGCGCGCAGCUCUUGCCGAGCAUGCGCAUUCAGCCGAGGAGGAGGCGGAGAGGAGGAGGAGAGCUUCCCGCCUGGCGCUGGAGAAAGAGGUAAGUUCAACCCCUUCCUCCCCCUAGAGCCCGGCGGGAGUGGGACCCUGAGGGUGGGGGCACCCUCAGGGCACUAUAGUGCCAGGAGAACAAGUAUGUUUUCCUGGCACUAUAGUGGUCCUUUAAAGAACACUGACCUAGCAAAUGAAACCCCUACAGCUUCUCCCAGCUUAUGUAUUGCGUAAAGGGCAGGCAAGAUUAUUAUGUCUGUUGCCAGCGUGCGCUGACGUGAAACAACAAAUAUGCAUAGAAUUGACAUUCAGCAGUCAAUAGUUGUGGGCUCUCCUUCAAAAGUCACGUGUGCUAGGGAUGUAUCUGACACACAACUGCAAAUAAUUCUGAAUGUGCAGCAUUUCAAACAGAAAAACUGCACAUCCAGGAUCCUACCACCAUGACUUCAAAUCAUUUAAGUCAUUUUUAAAAAUCACUGCAGCUAUAAGCAGGAGCAUCAUAAGGAGUCCUUGCCCCAUAACCUGUACAAUAAGCAUAGGUGCUCAUGGUGCUUGGCAUGUCACUUUAAAUUUUAUUUUAAAGUCCUAGUAAUACACACAUCAGAUCAUCUAUUUAUUAUCAAGAAAGCACUGUGUUUUAGCGUCAUCAGUAGCACAAUACAUAUAGCUAGAUCUUACAGAGUAUGGUUAAACUGAAAUAGUCUUUUACCGUAACAUUGCCACAAAAGAGAAUAAAAGCAAUGUUAACUAUGUACAUUUUUAACAUUUUAUAUUUUCAUUGCUAAUAGUUAACAUUUUAUUAGCGUUGCUUCAAUGUCUAGAGAGAGCACUUUGGGACUUAGAUGAGAAAAUUAAGAUUUUGCGUAAUGAGCAGGGAGCGGUGAAUCAGUUCGUUAAGUCUUUGUUUGCAAUGAAACUCCUUGGCAUGUCCAGACUAGCAAGUCAGCCAAUCAAAACAUUUCUAAUUGUGUUCUUUCUGGCUGCACGGUUUUAUAAUUUUAAUGAGAUAUGGGUUUCUGAAGCCAUUGAGAUCUCGUCUGCGCGUUCUGCUUUCUUGGUAUUGAUAUUUUGUCAGUGCCCUUGAAGUAGUUAAUCAUUUCAAUGAAAUUUCUCACUGGGCUACAUGCAGCAAGAGAUACAUUUGUUGUGUGAAUAAAAUGGCCACCCUGUGAAAACCCCAUUAGAAUUUAACCCAUUGAUGGUAAACACCUGCUUUGCUGAAGAAUGAUGAUUAAAGCUAGUAUAAUAUAUUCAAAGGUUGUCCUUUAUCUUUAUAGUCUCCAGAGCGUUACGAUUAGUGUUGCAUGUACUAAAAUACAAAGAUAUAGGCUGUAAUGCAAUGCAGAUUAAGAUAGGCAUAUGGGUUUAAAAAAUAUGUAGAAUUUGGAGCAGGCAUUGCAACAGAGAGGAGAAGUCUUUUAUGUGAGUAAAACAAAAUAACAUUGCCCGAGGUGCUAGUUGAGCAAAAUACACUCAUUGAUGCUUGAUUAUAGCUUAUGGCUGCUGGCUCUUAAAGGCACGGUACAAAUAGCAUACCACUACAGCUUGUGCCCUGACACCAUCACAGUGCAAUUUAUCAAACCAUCUUAGAACACUUUGACUCUUACCUGGGUCCUGAGCAGCCGCGUUGCUUCUGGUUUUCUCCUGCAGCAUGCACAUUCGAAACAGGCCCACACUCAUUGGUUGCAGGUGUUGAACUGAUGCUCUCAGCCAGUGAGCGUAUCCAUGCAUGUCCCUACUUGGCUUAGUAGAGCUAACUGGAUUCUCCUGCAGGAAAAUCCAGAAGCAGGUUAUGCAGCUGCAGGCACCUGGCAGGUUAUGUGGCUGUGGGUGUUUUCACAAAUUACACUGGAAUGCCCCAGGGCUGUCCUGGCACCAUAACCACUACAUAAUUAGUGGUAAUGGUGCUUGGAAUGUUCCUUUUAUAAUAUGCAUCUAGAACCGUAAAAGGUGCUCUGCUUUUUGGGUAACUACUUGACAGUGAUAAUCUUUGGAAAUCAUUAAAGUUCACUAUGCCAAAUAAAAUAUGUCAACAUUCUUCCAGCUGUGCACAUCAUUGCAUUUUUGUUGUUACCAGUUCAUGUUCAACAUUUAGUCAAUAGAGUACCUUGGUUCAAGAGGUACUUGGCAGUAACCUAGUUAGAUUUUUUCUUUGAUACCAAGAAUUACCUCACUUAAGCAAAUUUUGUGAGCACUGAAAAGUGCUCCUCGUCGACUUAUUUAAUAUCCGUGUUUAAAAUGUUGUGUAAGAAGGACAUGUACCUUCAGUGACUCAGUACAAUAGAACCAAUGUUUUUGCCAAUGUGGGGGCUGCACUAAACCUAAGGGCUGGAAGUUGGCUAAAUGUUGUUUUUUAAUUAUUGUUUAUAUGAUAUAAAAUUCAAUUUUCCAAUUUGCAGAAUAAGUUAAUGUUUCAUUUUUUACUCUCUCGUUCAAAGCACCCCCAAAAUUAAUUACCCAAAAGACUUACUCUUGAAAUGUGAUUUGUUAUUGGCAAUAGCACUCAAUGUGGUGUUCCAGCAACCAAUCAGAAUUUGAGCCCACCUGCUCCAGAGCUAAGUGAGGCUCCCCUUUGUGAGUAGACAAAAGAAACAUGAAGCUCUGAUAAACUAAACACUUUGUUUUGUGGGGGAGGAAUAAGUAAUUUGUGGAGGAAAUCAAACUCAUCGAAAUAGAUAAUUGUACGAAUUGUUCCGGGAAUUGCAAAAGGCGUCAAACUUCUCUGUAGAAUGAAGGCAUUUCUUUUCGAAGAUGUGCAAAGUAUGAACGCAUUCAUGUAUUUAGAUGAUUUCUUAUUCUCCCUCUUCAUUAGAUUGCCUUUUCAGUUAUUUAUUUUACAAGCAGCCCAAUUUUCCUACUGAUUAAUUAGUAAGGCAUUAAGAUGUAAUAGAUCCUGCUAUAAAAUUGUCUGCUCAAGAUCUUUCUCCCAGUUGGCAAGUGAACAUUUAAUCAUCAAUAUAUCUAACAAACAUCCUUACUUUGAUACUUCUAUUAAAAUAGCUUAAGACUAAUUUUCUUGGUAUUCUAAAUCAAUUUAAUAAGACCAGAAAUGCAAUACCAGAUGUAAGUUAUUAUAAAAUGACUUCUACUUAGUCGAGUGAGAUAUAUAAUGAAUUUUCUAUCUGCUAAAUAUCCAGGACAUGUAUAUUACUAUCAAUAUGAUAAAUUGUCUCUGUCGUAGAAAAACAAAUAUUAUCCUUAGGGUUUUUUUUCUUCUUUAUGUUGACGCUUUGUAUUUCUGUCCUGGCUUUGAGAAAUCUUGACAAGUAUUCAAAUAAUUCCGACCACAAAACGUCUCUACUUAAGCAAAACCGUGAUCAUUUUUUGGACUGAGCCAUUGGGUCAUCACUCCUUCCUACUUGUUUUUUUGACCCUUGGUAGUCUAAUGUUUUAAGUCAAUUGAUUUUUGGUAUCCCUUCUAAAAUUGAUCUGCCCUUUCAUGAGGGUGGGUGGAAUUGGCUUAUGUUCAGGCAGCAUAUAAUUACCAAGUUAGCUAUUACUUCCCUUAUUGAUCAGAACUAAUGGAAGGGCUUUUUUUCCCUGUGUCGUUCCUUCAUUGCUUUUUAUUCCUUUCGUAUGAUAUAGGUAGACCAUCUAUUCGUGAUGCAAUUAUCUUUUAUUAUAUUUAUGUUUUAAAUACAUGUUGUCUGGCAGUGCUAGUCUGUAGAGCACAAGGUAGAUUAAAGUGACAUUCGUACUUUUACUUUUUUCAUUAAGGAGUUAAAAUAUUUAAAAAGCUCAUGUACACGGAAAUUCCAGUGCAAUCAGAAUACAUGAAGUAACAUAAAGACUACUUUUUGUAUAAUUUAAAAGUAAAAAAUCCUUUAAAUAUGGUUUCCGCACAUUCUAUGUUAUCCCAUUGUCAUCACUUGCAAUGGAUAAUGGCAAACGGAUAAGUUCACUUAUCAUGUGUAAAGGAUACUGAUGGCAUCUAAUUUCCCGUCCACCAGAAGAUCUAUGGAGGAUUCUGCAGUCUUUCAUUGAUAAUUGUUGUAGAGUAUCAGCAAAGGCUGAAUUCUUUAAACCUACUAUUGCCACAUGGUGGAAAGAUACAGUUCAUUUGGCAUAUAAGGUCAUUGGUCUCAUAUAACCUUUUCCAGGGAAGGCGCAUUCCACCAGAGCAAUGGGAGGCUAGUGUGCAUGCACAGCAAACCGCCACACUAUACCAAUCAAAUGCUGCUCUAUAUGCAGCAUUCUAUCUAUAAUUGAGUAUAGCGGAGGAAGUUAAACCUACAAUGUAAACUUUGCCGUUCCAAAAGUAUGACAAUAUUUUACCAUUGCAGACUUGAAUUGACGGGCACUUCACCCAGACCACUUCAUUGAGAUGAGGUUGUGUAGGUGCCGUUAGUGUCUCGUUAAACGGACACUAUAGUCACAUGAACAACUUUAGCUUAAUGAAGCCGUUUUGGUGUAUAGAACAUGCCCCUGCAGCCUCACUGCUCAAUCCUCUGCCAUUUAGGAGUUAAAUCUCUCUGUUUAUGAACCCUAGUCACACCUCCCUGCAUGUGACUUGCACAGCCUUCCAUAAACACUUCCUGUAAAGAGAGCCCUAUUAAGGCUUUCCUUAUUGCAAGUUCUGUUUAAUUAAGAUUUUCUUAUCCCCUGCUAUGUUAAUAGCUUGCUAGACCCUGCAAGAGCUUCCUGUAUGUGAUUAAAGUUCAAUUUAGAGAUUGAGAUACAAUUAUUUAAGGUAAAUUACAUCUGUUUGAAAGUGAAACCAGUUUUUUUUUUCCCAUGCAGGCUCUGUCAAUCAUAGCCAGGGGAGGUGUGGCUAGGGCUGCAUAAACAGAAACAAAGUGAUUUAACUCCUAAAUGACAGUGAAUUGAGCAGUGAAAUUGCAGGGGAAUGAUCUAUACACUAAAACUGCUUUAUUUAGCUAAAGUAAUUUAGGUGACUAUAGUGUUCCUUUAAGUAUAUAGAAGUUGUGCUUGUGUUACUGAUAUUAGUUAGAGAACAUAUGCUGUUGCAAUUCUUUAAUGUUAUUUGUCACUUAUUACAUUUAUUUACUAGCACAGUGUUUCUCAAACCAGUUCUCAAGACCCACCAACAGUCCAGGUUUUGUCAGUAUCUCCAUUGAAAUAAAAUAAGGCUCAGAUAAUGGCAUGCUCAGCUAGUAAAUUUCACUAUACACACUGCUCUCUUCCACCUUGAGCCACUGCCCAGAUGCCGCAUGGUUCCACGACUCACUGUGUCUUCAAAUACUUAAAAGAACACUAUAGGGUCAGGAACACAAAUUGUAUUGUGUUAAAAACACAAUCUACCCCCACCCACCCCCUUGCCCAACUAAAUAUACUAAAAUCUUGCUUUUAUUCCAGUCAGCUGUUGCUGGAUCUGUCCCUGAUCUGCCUACUUGGCUGACAUCAUUAGUGAUGAUCUGAGCCAAUCACAAUGCUUUCCAGUAGGAAAGCAUUGGAUUGGCUGAGACUGUCAAGGAGGCAGAUCAGAGGCAGAUCAGGGGCAGAGCCAGCACAAGCCCAAAACAGCCCAAUCAAUCCAUCUUUAUGAGGAGAGUUCAGUGUCUCCAUACAGAGGGGGGAGACACCAGCACUGCCCCAAGAAGCACUUUUAGCAGCCAUCUGAGGAGUGGCCAGUGAAGGUUUUCCUAGGCUGUAAUGUAAACACUGCCUUUUCUCUGAAAUAAGUGUUUACUGCAAAAAGCCUGAAGGGAAUGAUUAUACUCACCAGAACAAAUACAAUAAGCUGAAGUUGUUCUAGUGACUAUAGUGUCCCCUUAAGGACACAUGACAUGUGUGACAUGUCAUGAUUCCCUUUUAUUCCAGAAGUUUGGUCCUUAAGGGGUUAAAGGGACACUAUAGUCGCCAAAACAACUUUAGUGUAAUGAAGCAGUUUUGGUUUAUAGGUCAUGUCCCUGCACUCUCACUGCUUAAUUUUCUACCUUUUAGGUGUUAAAUAACUGUAGCCCUAAUCAUAUCUCCCUGUUUCACACAGACAUAGACUUUCUUAACACUUCCUGUAAAGAGUCAUCUAAUGUUUACACUUCCUUUAUUGCAAAUUCUGUUUAAUUUAGAAUUUAUAUCCUUCAAUGUUAAUAGUUUUCUAGACUUCCUGUAUGUAAUUAAAGUUCAAUGUACAGAGCAGGAGAUAAAAACUUUUAAAAUAAGUUACAUCUGAUUGACAAUUAAACCAUUUUAUUUUCAUGCAUGCUGUGUCCGUCACAGUCAGGGGAGGUGUGGCUAGGACUGCAUAACUCCUAAACAAACUACUAAAUGGCAGUGAAUUGAGCAGUGAGACUUCAGAGGUAUGAUCUAUACACAAAAACUGCUUCAUUAAGCUAAAGUUUUCUUUGUGACUGUAGUGUUACUUUAACUGAAAUAUAAUGCUUCUAAAGCAUCUCCUUGUGGAUCUGCUGUUGCAGAGCUUCAUUAAAUGGGAAAGGCACGCUAUCUUUAUUAUUAAUGUAUGGGGCAGUGAUAGAGAGGAUUGAGUGAAUAUAUUAUUGUUCAUCUAACCUCUGCUAUAAUCACAAUCAUACUACCGGACAAAAAGAGGCUGGCAUGAUUUAGAGCUUUAUCUGUUAAAUUUUUUUUUUACAUGUGUGCCUCACGUUUUUAAAAACAAAAUGCAUCUCACCUGUUUGGCAUCCGAAUGGUUAAAAAGGCUCAUGUACUCUAAUUGAAUAUAUGCAAGGAGAAAAAUUUGUUAGCUCUCCAAGCUGUUUUAUUUACCUGCAUUACAUGCCUAGAGGAGUCUAGUUGCCCAAGAAUAAACUGGGUUUGACUUCAUUACAGCGUGAAUGAUAAGUUUAUAUGGAGUUAUUAUAGCAUUAAUCAACUUGAUGGAUUGGAAAUAUGACAGAGCUGUAGCAGUGUGUAAUUUCAAUGCCCACUGCUCCGCAAAUGUUCUUCACCUACACGCACGAUCUAGAAGAAUAAUGCUGCACAUUAUAUUGUUUAUUUGUAACCCUUUUUUGUGCUAGCAAUCCUUUCAAAGCCUGGAAAUCCAGCAUUUCCUUUUCAAAGGAAAUGCAAUCAUUAACAAUAGCCACAUCAGAGCAAGUGAUGAAGUAUAUGAUUUCCUACAGAGAUGCUGGCAAAUUGAUUUGGAUUAACCCUACUGCAGGGGUUCCCAAUAAGUAUUGUUCUGGUUACUGUUGAAAUACAAUUCCCAUAAUCCUCAUUGGGGAAAAUACCCAUCAAGAUACUGACAAAGAAUUAUGGGAUUUGUAGUUUCAGCAACAGCUGGAGAGAUGCUUGUCGCUGUGAGGAUUUUCAUUUUAACAGGAGCUGUCAUUAAAAAAACCCUCAGUUUUGAUAUAUUGUACCAUUUGAGUUCAUUUGUAUAGAUUGCAAGCUCCUGUGAAUCCUGAGUACCCUCUAUCUUUGGAUCCAUGACAUUAGCCACAAAUACACAGCUUAGAACCUGGUCUGUGACUCAUGCUUACUAAGGGUGAUGCCAUUAACAGGAAGCGAUAAAAACAUUCACAAUUGUUAAAUGAAAGGGCUGUGUCUAUUACAAAUUUGGAAAUUAGCAAAUGUUACUAAAUAGGAACCAAACUAAAGCUAUUGUUUCACGAUUAUGCCUUUAACCCCUUAAGGACCAAACUUCUGGAAUAAAAGGGAAUCAUGACAUGUCACACAUGUCAUGUGUCCUUAAGGGGUUAAAGGGUUACUACACGCACCAUGACCACUUCACGGAUUUGAGCUGAAGCCCUUUGCUGCCUUCAGGGAGGGAGGUCCGGGGGGGGGGAGGGGGAGCAGACUAAGAUAGGAAUUUAAAAGAACAGCUUUUGCGUUGGAGUAACUGUUUAAUAAAGCAUUUUAUCCCUGUGAUUGGUGAAGCAAAUCAUGAAAGGCUUCACUGCCCAUGGAUGUUAUGUUUUGAGAAGCCUUUCUAACAGAAAUUGAAAAUACAAUCUGGAUCUGGGGGGAAAACCUAUGAAUUAAAAAAAGAAAACAAUAAUAAAUGGAGCAGUGCUGGUUUUCUUUUAACUUGGUUAGUGCAUGUGGUAUAUGGUAAUGCAUGAGUUUAAAGGAAGGGCACUGUAAGCAUCAUAACAAGUUUGCAUCAUUGUUAAAGUUAAAGGGAGCACUCUGCUUUUAUAGUAAUAAUAAACAGUUGCUCACAGCUCAGUUAUCAAAACAGAAUAGAAUGAUAACAGACGUGGCAUUGUUGCUAUCAGCUUAUUGAAGAUACAUCCAUAUCCAUCCUGUGAUGAUUGGUACUCUGGCAGAGGGCUAAUCAAAAUUCCUCAUGUCAAGUUGAGAGGCUCUUGAUUGAGUUAGACUCUUCUUGGUCAGAAAAGGGUUUGCCAGCUACAUUACCUAAGUGCUACGGUUUUAGGAUCUUUAAUAUGAGAUUUCCAUUCCUCAUAAUGUGAAAAUAUGAACAUGUUUUGUUUAUUUUUCCCAAAUCUUUACGAGUUUUUUGCUUCGGCUGUUGGUUUGUGAUCUCAGGGCUCUCCAGGCCUAAACUGACCCACCGGGUCAGGAGACUACAGGAUCUGGGCUAACUGACUGUCAAACUGUGAUAGGUAUGCAUUGUGUGGAGAUGUCUGCAAGCGGCUGUAUGGUGACUGGGCAUGAAACAUAGAUCACAUGAACGUAUAUAUUGUCAAUAAUUUGUGGCUGUGCUAUCAGGAGUCAGUUUGCAUCUCACAGGAAAUCACAGUUCUCUGUGAAUCCACCUUCAUACAUGUCAUACUGAUAAAGCUUGCAGGAUAUAUGAUACCAUUUAAUACUCCAUCUUUUAAACUCUUCUGUUACAUACCAUGUGAGUAGAACCAUAUAGAAUGAGAAGAUCUCUCGAGUUUUGUGCUCAAGAAAAGGCAUGUUGUUUGAACUUGGACUAAAGUUGCUAUCCCUCAUAUAGUCGAUUAUAUAUAUAUUGCUAUAUCCUUAUGAUUUUGCCAAUUAUUUUGAUUGACUUGGGGGCGGCAUGUUUCUUUGAAAUGUUAAAGGAACACUAUAGGGUCAGGAACACAAACAUGUAUUCCUGACCCUAUAGUGCUAAACCCACGAUUUAGGUGGCUUGCCCCCCUAAAAAGUUAAUAAAACUCACCUUAUUUUCAGCGCCACGCGGGUCUGCUGAUGCUGGCCCCUCCCCCUUGGUGACAUCAUCAGAAUAGCAGAUUUUUAGCCAAUCCAAUGCUUUCCCAUGGGGAAAGCAUUGGGUUGGCUAAAAUCGGCAAGGGUUGGCCAAUCAGCACCUCCUCAUAGAGAUGCAUUGAAUCAAUGCAUCUCUAUGGGGAAAAUUCAGGGUCCCAAUACAGAGCGUGGAGAUGCUGAACAACACUGCUGCCUACUGUGCAGCAAUGAGCCAGGAAGCACCUCCAGUGGCCAUCUGAGAAGUGGCCACUUGGAGGUGUCCCUAGGGAUAAUGUAAACCCUGCUUUUUCUACCCUUGCAGUCUGCGUUGGGAGUGUGCCUGCAAGGGGUGGCGUAGAUAUUCUUUUCCUCCGUGUGCUCCCAACAUGCAUUUUCAGGUAUUUGUUUUAAAAAAUAGUCCUCUCCUUUCCUCCAUUCCUCCCCUCUUUCUUCCCUCUCCAUCCCCACUUCCUCAACUCUCACUCCUCCCCUCUCCCUUAAAUAAAAUAGAAACUAAUAAUAACAAUAAAAAUAAUAAGUUGUGAAUGUGUGUGUGCGUUUGUCAGUGUGUGAAAUCAGUGAGUGAGUGUGUGUGUGUCUAAGUGACCUGCCCCCCCAUCCUAUCGCAUGGGAGAGGUGUGUUUUUUACUUCCCUUUUUUCCCAAGCCGUGCUAGUCUUGCUGAGAUUGGCCCUACCUUCAUGGCUGAGAUAAUACAUUUUAAUGAUCUCAGCCAAACCAAUGAUUUCCCAUAGGAAAGUUAUGGGAGGCUAAAGUGCAUGUGCAACAAAACACUGCACUGCGUCAUUUAGCAUCUCUUCAUAGAGAUGCAUUGACUCAGUGUAUCUCUAUGGAGAACAUUCAACAUCUCCAUGCAGAGCAUGGAGACUGAACCCAAGUGCUACAAACUGUGCAUUACUGAACCUGGAAGCAGCUCUAGUGGCCAUCUAAGUGACUGCCACUAGAGGUGUUACUAAGCAGCAAUGGAAACUCUGCCUAUACACUGAAAAGCCUUUGUGGAGAGACUGUUUCACAUCAAGACGAGAACAUUAAAGGACCACUCUAGGCACCCAGACCACUUCAGCUUAAUAAAGUGGUCUGGGUGCCAGGUCCAGCUAGGGUUAACCCUUUUUUUUUUUUUUUUAUAAACAUAGUUUCAGAGAAACUGCUAUGUUCAUAAUAGGGUUAAUCCUUCCUCCAAUUCCUCUAGUGGCUGUUUCAUUGACAGCCGCUAGAAGCGCUUGCGUGAUUCUCACUGUGAAAAUCAUGUAAAUGCUUUCCUAUGCGACCGGCUGAAUGCGCGCGCAGCUCUUGCCGCUCGUGCGCAUUCAGCCGAAGGGGAGGAUCGGAGGAGGAGAGCUCCCCGCCCAGCGCUGGAAAAAGGUACGUUUUAACCCCUUUCCUCUCCCCAGAGCCGGGCGGGAAGGGGUCCCUGAGGGUGGGGGUACCCUCAGGGCACUAUAGUGCCAGGAAAACGAGUAUGUUUUCCUGGCACUAUAGUGGUCCUUUAAGGUUUAAUUGUAUGUUUGUCAUUGAACCUAAAGCAUUGUUAGUUUAAAAAAAAAAAAAAAAACUUAGCUCCUAACCUUUUUUUUGUUGUUGUUGCAAUUUGUGUUAUAGUCAAACACUGUUUGAUCCCUCUGACACCUAUGCUUUUAAACAGAUUAAAAUGAAAGGCAUCUUGUGACUUUCUGCAAUUUCACUUUGAACUUUUCAUAUUUAAAAUAUUCUUCAAAUGGAGUGAAAGGUCUGCUCACCUGGGUAAAUAUUGGAAUGUCACUAAAACCUUAAUAUGUUUAGCAAUGUCUCUCUAAUGCAUUUCAAUAAUUGGUUUACAUAAUCUACUCUUUAUUCUCUCAUAGCUGUAGAGCCUUGGCCUGAAAAUGCUACUCUGUAUCAGCCCCUGAAAAGUGAGUAUGAUUUAUUGUAAGCAUUCCUUCAAUUUGUCUGUUCUUUUCAGUUAUAUCUUGUAUCAUGUAAACCUGUGAGCUGCAAUGGGCUAAAUGCACCAUCAACGGAUUAAAUACACCCAAAAUCUUUAUCCAUGUGCAUUCUGGUAUUGACUGCAGAUAUGAAAUGAUACAGUUGGUGUUGGCAUGGUUACUGCAAGGAGGAAAGAAAAGGCUGAGCCAGCAAAUAUUGGAAGUGUCAUGGUUGGUUAAUGGGAGGAGGGGGGGAGCUGGGGCCUGCUAUACAAGGUUCUCUUAAAAUACACAACUAGAGUGGUCCAUGCUCCCUUUACCAGCUCUUCAUAUAUCAUCAGAUUAUAUUAUUGCCCACAUUUGGGGAUCUGCAGCCUGCUACAAUUGUCAACCAACUGCAAAGUAAUGAAGACUAAUAGAAUGUAGCCCAUAGUCUUUUAGGCGUGGAAUUUUUAUUGCAGUGAUCUUGUCAUUUCUCUUUUGUCUGAUGGGGUUGAACACUGUGUGCAGUUUCAGUUUCAAGCCUGCUUUUGUCAUGCUAAAUGUACCACGUUCUGUUACAAUUUAAGUUUAAAAGAACUGUAAAAAUAAAGCACCCAGAAGGUUUUGAAGAAUUGUAAUGGGGCUGUACUCAGAAUUAUGCACAUGCUUUUUGGUGUUUAAAGGACCACUAUAGUGCCCUGAGGGUGCCCCCACCCUCAGGGACCCCCUCCCGCCCGGCUCUGGAAAGGGGAAAGGGGUUAAAACUUACCUUUUUCCAGCGCUGAGGAGCUCUCUCCUCCGAUCCUCCUCUUCUCCUCCCCGUCGGCUGAAUGCGCACGCGCAAGAGCUGCGCGCGCAUUCAGCCAGUCACAUAGGAAAGCAUUUAUAAUGCUUUCCUAUGGACGCUGUGCUCGCACUGUGAAAAUCACAGUGAGAAGCACGCAAGCGCCUCUAGUGGCUGUCAAUGAGACAGCCACUAGAGGAAUAGGGGGAAGGCUUAACCCAUUCAUAAACAUAGCAGUUUCUCUGAAACUGCUAUGUUUAUGAAAAAAUGGGUUAACCCUAGAAGGACCAGGCACCCAGACCAUUUCAUUAAGCUGAAGUGGUCUGGGUGCCUAGAGUGGUCCUUUAAAGCACUGUGGUACAUUUCCAACAAUGUAUAUAUUGAAUUGUUUCACACAUUUCCUAACCUCCCCCCCCCCCAACUCCCUCCAUGUCUGUCAUCAUUGUUUUGUGUGUUUUUUGUUGUUGUUGUUGUUGUAAAAGAUAAGGUAGAAUUGCACAUUACCAGUGAUUUAAUUGUCGCAUGGUGUAAUACAGGAAAUAUACAUGUGUAAGUUGUUAAAUCACUGUACAAAUAUAUCCUAAGGAAUCACAAUGAAAAAUAUCCACAUCAUGCUCUAUAUAUAUAACAUUAUAAUUUUAUAGCCUUUCCCAAGAGGUGAGUAAAUUUAAUUUUUAGAUCUUUUUGUUUGCUGUAUGGGAUUCCCAAUUUUAAUGCAGUUAAAAACAAAAAACCAAAAACAAUAAAAAAAACAAAAACAAUACCCCCUACACAAAUUUUAGUAGAUAAGCCCCAAAUUAAAACAUGCAUGCAUUAAUUUCUGAAUUUUUAUCAUUGGGGGCUAUAUUUAAAAAUAACAUGCAUUAUGCAGGACUCUUGACUGCAGCCUUUCAAGCCCUCCCCUUUUUCCCCAGCACAGACUUUCAGUCCAAUCAGGGGCUUCUGAGGGGGCAUUGAGCUGAGAUUGUAUAGCUUUCCAGUGUUUCGAAUUGGGCAGUAAUAUAGGAGGAGCAUCAGAGUUGAGUUAAAGGGACACUAGUCACCUGAACAACUUUAGCUUAAUGAAGCAGUUUUGGUGUAUAGAACAUGCCCCUGCAGCCUCACUGCUCAAUCCUCUGCCGUUUAGGAGAUAAAUCCCUUUGUUUAUGAACCCUAGUCACACCUCCCUGCAUGUGACUUGCACAGCCUUCCAUGAACACUUCCUGUAAAGAGAGCCCUAUUUAGGUUUUCUUUAUUGCAAGUUCUGUUUAAUUAAGAUUUUCUUAUCCCCUGCUAUGUUAAUAGCUUGCUAGACCCUGCAAGAGCCUCCUGUAUGUGAUUAAAGUUCAAUUUAGAAAUUGAGAUACAAUUGUUUAAGGUAAAUUACAUCUGUUUGAAAGUGAAACCAGUUUUUUUUUUUCAUGCAGGCUCUGUCAAUCAUAGCCAGGGGAGGUGUGGCUAGGACUGCAUAACCAGAAACAAAGUGAUUUAACUCCUAAAAUGACAGUGUAUUGAGCAGUGACAUUGCAGGGGAAUGAUCUAUACACUAAAACUGCUUUAUUUAGCUGAAGUAAUUUAGGUGACUAUAGUGUUCCUUUAAGAUUUUGUAUAAUCUUCCCUUAUGUCUGCUAAGUCACAUUUGAUGCAGGGUCUUUUACCAAAAUGUAAGAAUCCUGAUAUCUUUUGGCUUUCAUAUCUAGAUGUCCUCCCUUUGAGAAUGAGACACAUACUUUGUAGAGCCCUGUGAGUGAAAUAUUGUGGGAAAUCUCCCAAAAAGCCAAUAUUGUAAGCUGAUUACAUACCUGGACCUGUUAGCAGCUGCCUCUAUCCUCAUCCGGUCGGUCCUCACUGUUGUACCAGUGAGAGUACAACACUAGGUCUGUGGAGGAUCCAGUGAGAAUGCGGUAUCCUCCAUAGAAAAUGCCCUUUCCCCUGUGGGUGAAUUACAAAAUGUUAUAGCGGUAGCUCUGUCUUUUGUCAAGCGUAAGGAAUAUACAUAAGACAAAGGAGUCCCUAUGUUGUUUUAAUAUAUAUUUUGACUGCGUUAGAAUUUCAGUGAAAUUCCAAAAGACAAUAAACAUUUCAUAAACGGGGUGUGUGACAAAACCGCUUUAAGCACUGCAGAAAAUGAUGGCACUAAAUAAAUGAUGAUAAUAAUACUGUGUUCAUACAACAAAGAACAAAGUUCCUUUUGAUGGACAGACAUUCAGAUUUUUAUAUUUUUCUCCUCAGGUGAACAAGUUUUGCUGUCUGACAAUGCAUCUUGUCUUGCUGUUCAGGUAAUGAUUUAUUCUUUAAAUUAAAGUUCCACCUUGUUAAAAAUGUUUAGCUAUGACCUACAGUUGCCUGUUUUGUAAGUGCUGAGCACUCUCCAAAAUCACUCUUCAAAACGCCAACCAACAUUUUUUCUUCACUUUUCCUCCGCUUAGACAUUGCCCAGCACAGAGACCUGCGUCCUUCUUCAAAAUAUUUCCAAAGCCAUUCAUAACUCAUCUAUGGAACUCCAAAAUAUAGUAUAAUUCCUGUGAUGCUGAGCUAUCUGAACAUUUGGUUCAACUUUGGGAAACCAAGUCUACAUACAGCUGUAGUGCUAUUUUUUUGCAAUUGUUGUGGCUUGGUUAUUAGCCCAGAUGGAGCUGCUCUGUAGAUCUGACUGUAUUGACCGUAUCAAGAUCCUUAACCAUACAUUAAUUCUAAAGAUAGAUUUUGCAGCAUUGUUUAUUUAUUGUAUCUCUCUUUAUAAAAAGCAUACAUUUUUAAUAUCUGAACAUUUAACCAUGUUCUGUGUCUAGCUAUCUCUAACUAUUUAAAUGAAAACACAUAAUGGCUCUACUUGUCUAUAUUACUUGCUAUUCUUGUUGAGAUCGUUUUUAUAAAAUGAGCUGUCUGUGGUCUCUUUAUCAAGUUUUUAUUCCAUCAGUCAACUUUUAGGCCUAAUGGUCUUCAGUCGUGAAAGACUCGUGGGAGACCCAUUAGCCUUUUAUUCCCCAAUGCUCCUUACCUUAUUUAGCUUAGUCUGAGUUCAUUUCAACCUGAAGCCUUCUUUUAGCUGAGACAUGCACGGGACAAAAUCCAUACGAAGUCUAUUUUUAAGGCUAGCACCAAAGAUGUAUUGUCAAACAUAUUUUCAUUUAUUUUCUUCUAAGACAUGAUAAUUCACAAUAUUAAUCAAUGUCCAGUGCAUGGGUACACGUCUGCUUUUAUAGGACAAGGAAGGAACAUCUCAUGGUAGAGCAACUGACUAGAUGCUUGUAUGGAGUGUGAGGCUAUUUAGAUUUCUUAGAUUUUGACCCUAGUUGUGGCUGCAAAUCCUGUAGUUGUUAAUGGCUGGAUAUGAGCUUUAUCUACUACAAAAGAUUACAAAAAUUUACAAUGGACACCUCCCUUAGCUUCAUAGUAAUAAUGUACCUCUACAUAUUAUUGGUUCCGGAUCAGAAAUUCAUUGGAACAAAUACCACUUAUGUACUGUUUAACAAACAAUAGUUAUUCUUAAAAUUGCAUUUUAUUUUAUAACCCUUUCCUACAUCCUCUGCCUAUAGAUAGCUCACAACUACACAUCUAUCUGUUUUCUGCAUAGAGCCCUGAAUGAAACAUUGACUUUGUGUGUGUUUUUUUUUUUUUUGCUUUGUUCAUCGCAAACAUGUAAUUUUUCUAUUUACCAAAUAGCUCUUUGUGACGUCAGCCCUGAAACAUUGUAUAACGCUGCGGAAUUUGUUGGGGCUUUAUAAAUAAUAACAUAACGGAGUGGAAAUAUGCAUUAAUAGUAAACUUUUACUGUACUUUGUAUGUGGGACUCUUCAUACACUGUGAGUGAGGUACGGGUACACAUACUUAUGAGUGUUGUAAGUGGUGCCAACAAUGUGAAUAUGAAUUCUUCACUUGUGUAAAAGCACAGCAGUGCAAAUUGAGCAUUGAUGUUUUUAUGGUGCCCAGAAGUUUUGAGUACCAUCCUCUUGUUUUUGUUUUGUAAUACUUAUAAUGCGGUCUGGCCAAAAAAUUAGCUCUCCUGGCACUAAGACCCAGACCUGUUCCUUUGGCUUGGCUAAUUCUGAAAUUAACUCCCUCAUUAUUCAUGCAAUGCUAGAAAGAAAUAGCAUACAGUGAGUAAGCACUUACCGGCGAUAAUUGCAAGAUUGGAUUGAUAACAUGAAAGUUUACUUCUUCAUCAUCUGAUAGUAAGUCAGUGUACAGAGAAGCCACAUUAUUUAAAAAAAAAAAAACUGACCAAAUGGUUGAAAAGAAAAACAGUAGAGCACCCUAAGAUUUUUCGUACAAUGAGCUCAAGUGGUUAUCGUAUGUACAAUGCCCCUUUAAAAUACCUUGUGUAUUAGGUACCAUGGAUUUUUCUUUUUGUGUGUCACCCAGUCUGUUUCGCAGAUGUCUAAAUGCCCCAGUGUAACAUAAAGCAAAUGCUGUAACAUUUCCCUGAAAUAAUGACCAGUUGCAUUUUUCCAAUUAAUAUAGAGAACCUUUCCAGUAAAUUAUUCACAUGUGUUCAAAAUGUCACCCAAAUUACUUUUUCGCUGCUUUCUGCAAGGAUAGCUCUGGCAGUCUAAUAAAAUCUCAGUAUUUUAUGGGGCCACUGGCUGUGGUGUAGGUUUCUGGAAUAUAAAAUAUUUGAAUUAAGAGGAUGAGUUGGUUAAUAAUGGAUAUGCUAACAUUGUCUUCACUUUCAUCCUCUAAAUCUGUAUGCCAUGGAAGAUGCUUACCAGAUAUGUCUUGACAUUUCGAGUAGUUCCAUACUGAAUCUCUGCAUAUUUAGCCAUGUGAAAGAAGCAACAUUAGCAUACCUUCCACUUUUGGAAGGAUCCUGUACUAGUGACCUUGAGACCUGCAGAUGUUUGUGAUCUAUAUUUUGUUUACGCUAGCCAAAUAGCAUGUGAAAUACAGAUGUAAACCUCUGGAGCCAACAACAUAACUGUCUUGUAUUCAGCAGGACAAUCCUGAUUGGUUUAUUAAUGUGGCCUCCGACUGUGACUGCUCUGCCAGAUGUCCAGUGGCUGGGGGGAUCAGGUGAUGUUGAGUUAUAUUUACCUGAACAUAUCCCUUGCAGGUGCCACCACCUUGAUCUACAGCAUUCUGUUCAGCUCCUGAAGACGUUACAGUGAUUUGAUAACAAACUUGUAAAAUGUAGUCCAAAAUAAGUGCUUUGUGGAUAAAUAAUUUACUUUUUAUUUUGCCCUGCCCUGAAUUUAGCAUGACAGUCUCUAUUGUUUAUUGUUUAGUAUACGUGAGCCAAGGAUUUAUUCACCAAAAAAAGAUUGAAUGGAUGCAAUGCUUUUUGACUCAGUGAGCCAGGUUGAUUACUUUAAGGUUGUUUAAGUGUGGGACGGAGCCAGCUUGAACAAUAUGAGAUCAAUAUUUAGGAGAAAUAUGGGCCUUUAGCUACUUCACUAUAGCUACUUCACUGCUCGGGAUCAUGUCAGGCUUCAGAAUAAUUGGUAAGCAAAGUAUUUCUGGAAAAAGUCCAGUCAUUGAUAAUAUAACGAGAACGGUUUGCAACAUCAAUGUAACCUGUCAACCAAGGGAAGUGUACUGGAAUGUGUGAACUUCACUGUACUUGUUUGGGGGGGGAGGAGGUGCUAGAUGACGUUAAGUAAGCUUGUAUACUGUGUGGCUGUUGUGAACAAAUCUGCAUAAAAUUUUGUGUUAAGCUUGAACAUUCCUCUGCGAAAAAACUAUUUGGAUGUUUCAAAAGGCUUUCAGAAACGAUACAACGAGUGCAGCGCAAAUAAAUGGGUGGCACAAACACUUCAAAGAUAGUCGAGAAUCUGUUGAAAGAUUUGGCGUCCUGCGACUUCUGGAUUUUCCCAAAUCAAAAAUCAGCUUUGAAAGGGAAGAUAUUUGAGACCGUCAAUGACAUUCUGGUAAAUAGCUGAUGGCUAUUACCACAAAGCAUUUUAAAUACUGUUUUCAACAGUGGAGGAGAUACUGGGAGAACUGGGAGGUUUCAAGGUGCCUACUUGAAGGGGACUUAGGCAUCAUUGUCCUAUGUACAAUGUUUUGUGUAUCUUCUUCAAUAAAUUUCUAUAUUUUUCAUAUUACAUGGCUGGAUACUUUCCGGACAGACCUCGUAUGCUUCCAACAUGAAAAUCUGUAGAGAGAAUGACUGCAUAAGUGAGUUGAUUGGGGCCAAAGAAAUAUUACUAAGGAGAAGGGCACAGAUCUUAUAGUAUCUCAAGAUAUACACAUAGGGGCCAUUGGCUUUCCCAGACGGCAUGAGAUGGAUUGCUUUGGUAAAUUCAUCAUGAGCAUGGGUGUAUCGAAGGUCCUAGUGUCAGAGUAGGACAAGGUAGUGGUGACAUUUAUCUAAGUAAGCCCUAAUGGAAGGCAGUAGCCUGACUCUGGAGGGUGACCAGGCAGGUUGUAAAGGUCAGAAUAAAAUUUGCAGAAAGCAGGUAAUAUAUCUCUAGUAACAUGAAUAGUAUUCCCGCCAUGGUUGUUAAUUUUAGAUACAUUGUUGCUUCUGCCUCAAGGAGAGUUCAUUUUAUAUUAAAUCUAUGAAAUUUAUUAGAGGAAUCUUCCCCUGUACAGCUUUAGCGUCUGGAAACGGCCAAACACAUUGAGAUUCUGAAUACCAAGUAAUACAAAUAAAUCUAAGAUAUUGCACAAGGUAAUGGUGAUUUCAGCUAAAACUGAAAACCAGAGAAUUACUAGGAAUAUUGUCUAUACAGGUAUUGCAUUCGCAGGACAGAAAACAUAUGGAUUCAGCUUAGAUGGAUAGCAAUCUCAAGCCCAGAAAUAAAUGGGUAAUUAUGCUGUAACUGUGCAGCUUAGUGCAAUGUGUUUGAGAGUUCAGAUGAAAAUCGGGCUAUAGUUGGAGAGUAAAGCAGGAAAGCAGGAUAUGUGCUAAGGUCCUUGCAAACGUAAGUGAAUAUUCUAUCUCAAUAGCCAGUUUAUUAGUGAUUCAUGAGUUAGCUAAGGGCUCAGGCCACAUCUUACUUAGCAGGGAUUGGUUGCAGCUUGAACAGUAGCACCGGAAGAAACCAUUUAAUGUUACAAACUUUGGAAAACAAAGCUGAAGGUCAAACAAUGAAAUCUAUAUAGGAACAGUUGAUGGUACUAUAUAUAUUGAUGCACCUUUGUGUAAAGGGACACUCCACCACCCAAAUGGGCAAAAAAGCAGAAAUCACUAUUUAGUGUAUAUAUACCGCCAAUGAAUACAUGCACGCAUUUUUUAUGCAUGGUUUUCAUAGGGUGUAUAUCUUAGAAGAGCUUACAAAACCGUAAAUUGCAAUCUUUGCCAGUCUUCCCUUUUUCUUCGGAAGAGACCAACAAUCUCUUUGUAGGGAAUAGCUUGUCAGAAAAAUUGCUUUUCAAUGAAAAAAACCUCUGAAGCUCACCCUUUGUCAAUUAGCGUGCGCAUGCCAUGUGCGUGUGUGCACAUGCCGUGUGUGUGCACUUAAUAGUAUUCUGAUCUGAGGUCUGAGAAGGAAGUAUGCAGGGGGGAGGCAGGUGUGCUCAAGUAGUGCAUGCUUGCCACUUCCUUUAGUUACGGGGAACUAAUGGAUGCAGGAAGAAACCUCCUUGACUGUCUUAUUGACAACUAGGGUGGUGUUUCAUUAAUUUAUUAUAAAAGUUUCGAUUUCUCAUAGAAAUGGGAUACUCCCCACUGAAGUGCUUUACCAGUGUGGAGUGGUCCUUUAAAGUUUUCUAUAAACAAUUGCAAGAUGAUUAUUAUAAACUGGAUUUAAAAUGCUAAACUGAUAAUCAGAGAUCCACAAUCUCACUGAUCCUAAAUGCUAGUUCUAGCAGAGUCAGAUUUGCCAUGACCAGAUUUCUUUGACAGAAUUAGUUGACGUUUGUGAGGGACCGGUAUCUCCCCCAAGGUAUCUCUCUCCUCUUCAAAAUAGUAAUACUCUGUCGUGACAAACGCUCCUUCCCACGUACGUUUGCCACGGAUUCCUGGAGGAGUGUAGAAGCCGAACUCCUGCCCACCGACUAUGGUCCAGGUUUGGGAGUUACUCUGCCCAGCCGCCAUUAACAGCUUUCCAUGGGUGCCCCCGGUUUGGCACUUUCCCUUCAUGCAAAUGAAACCAAACACUGGCUUUCUGGCGGCAGUUCGCAUGAACCAAGCCCACGAACAGUUCCAGCUGUACUUAGCCACGACCGCUAUGGAACUAAAUUCGGCAUGAGGACUUCGUGGGUUCCCGUUCACCUCAGCGGGACUUAGCUGCUAAUGUUAUGGAACUGUUUUCGGCAUGAGGUGACCGUGUGGUUCCCAGACAAUUUGGUUUGCGGUUUUAAACCACUUUGAAAUCCACCAGGAGGGCACUUUUUGGAGGGAAGGUGUCUGAGACUAAGGGGAACAAACGCUACCUAAGAGCCAAGUGGAGCACCCCGUAUUGCGGCCACAGGAACUCCCGAAAGUUGACCGGCAAAAGCACCAAAUGCCAUGAAACUAUUUUGGGCAUAGGACCACGUGUGCGGCCAGUCAACAGUUUCCCCUACACUGCAUGGAUCUGAACGCUAUUUGGAGAACUUAAGCGCUCAGAUAAGGGCUAUUUGGGGAUGUCUUAUUUGUGGGGCUAUGUUAUGUUUUUAUUAUGUUUUUGGGGUUUUUUAUGUUUGUUUUCCUCUCUUCCUGGGAGAUAAUUAGCUUACCGGUCUUUAACGCAGUUAUCUCCCAGACCCAGAGAUUCCUGGGAGGGGCUUGUGGUGAAGACAAUGGAGACCCCCUGUUGGGGUCUGUGUAUAAAAAGGCUGUGUUUGGAUGCAUUAAACCAGUUGUACUCCCAGAACUAUGUGUCGUUUAGUUACUGGGAGGGGAAGGGCUAUGAUCACUGCUUGGCACCUUGUUCCAGCUCGUGGGGGAUUCAGCAGGGAAAAUCCUUGUAAGGACUAGAGCUCCCAGGACUGUGUGAUGUCCAGUCCCUGGGAGGGAAUAGAGCUAGUCCCCUAUCCUGUUCCAGGACGGAGAGGCUCCAAGAGGACCCAGUCAAGCCAAGGCGACUUGGGCAGAAGCGCUGAGGUUUUCCCAUGUUCCAGCUAAGAAAGCUGUCCUUGGCGAAGGUACCCAGCCGGGGUAGAGGAAGCUCUGCUACAAGUACAUAUUUUAUUCUGUCUCCUUUCACUACUAAGUGGGAGGCCAUCUUGUGACCUGGAUACUGAGUGAUAUAAAAUGAUGAAGCUGGCACACAAAUGCUUACCUUCGGCAAAGGCCCAAGAAAUGGCUUAGAAAUUCUUUAAACAUUGGUAUCGAACCCCUUACUUUUCUACUCUAGUCUACUGCAACAGUAGAAGGAGACAAAGGUAUUGUUGGCCUACUUCCUGCUGUGCAAUUAUUGGAGGCACAUACUUCUCCACUCCUUCCCUAUCCCUCUUUCCUACUAUCAACUUUGUUUCCUUUUUUUCUCUCUCUCCUAAUUAUAUAUAUAUAUAUAUAUAUAUAUAUAUAUAUAUAUAAACAGCUAUUAUAGUAUCAAGUUAUAUGUAACGUUUUUUCUUUGAUAUAGGAGCACAUACAUGAAAAGUUAGCUAUAGUUUUAUAUUGUGUGAUGAUGAAUAAGAAGCAUCUUAACUUUAACUGUCCUUUGCUGCUUGUUUUUCGUGUGAAAGUUAGCAUAAUAAUAAUAACUUGUAUACUGAUGACCCAUGUUUUAUGGGACCAUAAUUCUAUUGAUGGGUUCUGGAGACAUAAUAAACCACAAGACCAAAGGUUGAGUUGGGUUAUAAAUUUAUCCAUAACCCAACACUGGUGUUCUUCUCCUCCAAUACACACCUCACCAUUAUAAUAUAUUAUAUUCUAAAUAAUAUUGUUAGGCAAGGAUUAGUGUGUAAGGGCCGCAGUUAGGCUAGGGCUAGUGUUAUGGUAUUACAAGGGUUAAUGUAAGAUGUGAGUUUGUGUGUCUAACAUAUUAGUGUCUAAAUAUAUGCAUUUUUGUGUAUAUAUAGAUAUAUAAUAAAAAAAAAAAAAAAAUUUAAGACAUAUUUUUAUUUUUCCUAACUGCAGAGCUGUUGUCGUAUCUGUCACUGCUAUGAUAAAUUGAACAUCGUGCAUUGAAAAUGCAUGCUUUACUUUAAUAAGCUUUUUUUUUUGACAGCUGAUAGUAGCCAUGGUUAUUUGCAGUUACUUUUUUAGGACUAUCAGAUUCAAAUAGCCAGCAACGAUUUUCCUUUGUAUAUGAAGUUCAUUAAAUACAGAUUCAAACCAUGGAUUGUGCAUAUUUUUGAUCUAUAAAGAUAGCUAAACAGUGACAGACGUAAAGAGAUAUAUCUUUUUCAAAGAGAAGUGUUCUUCGGCAUGCAGAAACAAAGUAAUUCACGAAGUUGGAUUGAAAAUAGAAAGAAGACAGAAUGCUGAUAUUUCAUUGUUUUGCUUAUUUAUUCUGAACAAGAGUAUGGCCUAAAGAUAUAGGUGCUCGAGCAUGGGUUAAUUGUCUGUUUUCAAUAAGCGGAUGCUCUUUUUUAAUUUUUUUUGCUGUGCAUAGAAAUAUAACAACGCGCAUGAGGUACCCCAACCAUCACUUAUAACAAUGAGGUAUUCGAGACUACGUGCACUAUUUUAUAGUUAAGAAGAUGUUAAUCAAGGUUAAGCAUAAAGAUAGGAAUUUAAGUAGUGCAUGGUAAAAGCUUAGCUUAGCAGGUCCCACAAUGCCCUAACAGUACAGGCGGGUUCAAGAUUAUAUAUAGUAUAUUGGAAAACAACCAUUGAGCGGCAUGUUGAUGAGACUGCACAUUGUAAGGAUGGGUAUCUAGGUAUGCAUAACAGUAAGGCGGUAUAUGUUCCAGGGGCGUUAGUUAGACCUGUAGGACAAACUAGUCACCUAGUUAUGGAGAUGCAAUGGUACAUGCAAAUGAAGUAAAACAGACCUAGUAAAUAUUGCUUGUUAACAGUUAAGCUUAAUAUAGACAACAAAAUUCACCACAGUGACUGCACUCAUUUUUAUAUUAAGAAUGGGUUAGACUAUAAUUUACAGCAGCAUAGUUUAUGAGGAUUAGUAAGGCACAGUGCUUGACCUUUUAAGCAGUGGCAGUAUCAGGAUUUGGUCUAAGAGAAAGUGCAGGUAAGUGAGGCUGCUGUGAAGUAUGUUGUAAUGGGGUUAAUCCCCAAUGGGUCUGUACCCGAGAUUUGUUUUACAUUUUAAGCAGCAUGGGUGUGAUACAGGCAUUUAUGAAAACAGACGGAAAUAAAAAGGAGACAACCGGUCAACGAAAAGUAAAGUAAACAGAAUGAGUGUUCAUGUUGUAUUGCCAGAGCCUUCCCCAGUACUCGGGCAAAGUAUCUUGGCUAUAGUCCUCUGUGUAGCCGAAGUCAGCUGACGCCUGAUCUGCAGAACCGCUGGGGUUGCGGGUAGGCCACUCAGAUCCAGGCAGUGUCCAGAAUUGCAGCUCAGCUCGGCGGUCAGGCCCCGCCCCCAAGCGGAUGCUCUUUUAACAAGCGUCUGCAGUUUCAUUUAAAUAUUGUGGGCAUAUAAAAUAACUACAGAAUAUGUUUUUUAAGUUGGUCUUUAUGAGUCAGAAACGGUUAUAAACUAUAUAUAUAUAUAUAUAUAUAUAUAUAUAUAUAUAUAUUGGGACCUCGGUUUACAAACACCUAGGUUAACAUAUUUUUUGGUUUAGAAAUGAAAAUCCAUUGAAAAUAAUGUCUCAGUUUACAAAUUAUUUUCGCAAUACAAAGCAAGUUUCCCCAGGAUGCAUUGCACCUGGGAGGUUUAUAGCACCGCCCCCUGCAUCCUGGAGCCUGUGGGUAGCACAUGGCGUUGAGUGUGGAGGUUUUGGAGCCAUUCUGGAAAUUGUUUGCAGUUGUUUAGGGAUUUUUUUGUGCAUUUCUCAAGCUGUGGAAAAGUAGGGAGCUUCGCUUCGCCGUUUGCAUGCCGUUUACGGUGUGUUCUACAUUGUGGGUUGGUUUCCAUGCCAGCUCAUUUUGGCUUUUUUUUUACUUCCCAAACAGAUUCAUUGAUUUUCAAUGCAUUCCUAUGCAUCACCGUGUUUCGGUUUACAAAUAUGUUGCAAUAAGAAACGUCCUGGAGAACGCAUUAAAUUCGUAAACUGAGGUCCCACUGUGUGUGUGUGUGUAUGUAUAUAAUAUAUAUAUUCUUCCCAGUAAAAAUUCUGAGUACAUAUGGCAUGUGAACUAUCAAUUUAAUAUCUAUGCAAAAUAAAAUGACCUGUAUCAAUUAAACUAGGAAUAUACCAAGCACUAUAACCACUAAACUGAGCUGGGAGCUUAUGUUGGCACUCCUCAGCUAAGCCUUGCAGUACGUCAGCUGAUCACUCUUAGCCAAUCAGAGCUUCUGGCUGCAGUGGAGGCAGGGAACAGUGCUCAAUACCGCAAGUAAAAAGUCAAACCGCUCUAAAAUGGUGUGAUUACUGGAGUGGCUGUAGUGGUUGUGGUGUUUGAUGUAUUCCUUUAACUAACUAAAAGGUACAUUACCAUUAUUGUUUAUGAUUAUUUUCUAUAUUUUAAACCCCAAAGCUGACAGAUCUGAUGUGGUUCCGAAGGCUGUGGUAUGCAAGAGAGGCGAGUUUUACAGGCUGUCCAUUGCUGCUGCCCAUUGCUGCUGCCCUGUUCGAUCUGGCACUUUAGGUGCCUGGAGCCAUGCCAGUGUUGUAUUUUCAUGCAUGCACGAGAGUACAACAUUGAGGUCUAUGGAGGAACCCACUAAACAGUGGGAUCCUCCAUAAAUUUGAGCCUGAAUCCCAUUGGGGCAGUGGAGCUCUGCCUUUCGUCGACUUUUCUCAACCUCAGGCUUCACCAUUAGAGAAAGUAGUCCCUAAUUUUGUCUUAUGGUAUCUUUGGAUUGUGCUGGAACUUCAAUGAAAUACCAAUGCAGUCUUAAUCAGUAUUUCAUAAGGAAUCUUUAUGGAAUGGUGAAAAGUGACAGAUCUGCUUUAAUCAUGACCUGUGACAUUUUUGGAGGAAAGCAGCAAUUGGGUUUGAAAAAAAUUGUAACGUAAAUUAAGUUGUUAGAAACCGUCCAACGCUUGUAUUCUUGUGUGAUAGUACCAAAACAAAUUCUACAAAUCUUCCAAAGAUAUUCUUACGUAUCUACAGAUGCAAUAGACACCAGUUGUACAUUAUAUGGAAUAAUAUAUUUCCCGUCAAUGAUUGUUCCUGAAGUAGCGGAGAAAAGGUAAGAUUUUGCCUUGCAACCUCUUCUUUGGACACUGUCUCUGAUAUAUAUCUUUGAUUUACUUUGGAAUUUCAAUAAAAUUCCUUGUUAACAUCUAGGUGUUUUUUUUUUUCAUAGAGAUUCUUAUCUUUAUGAAAAACUCCGACAUGACAGGUCCAGUUUAAACAGAUGUUAACGGUUCUAGAGGUGUGGGGCCUGACUCAUGAACAUAAUGUAUCAUCAGAGAUGUAGCUGAAUAAAUGUAUUCACAGCAGCAAAGUCAAAUAUGAUAUGGAUGACUUUUUGUUGUGGAAUGAAAGAGUAAAAGAUUUAAAGGCAUGCAAUUAUAUAUAGUACAAGACAGUUAAAUGUGUGUGGAAUAUGACAUGUAAAAAUAAUUGUAAAAUGAUUUGAAUGCGUUAAAUAAGACCUUGCAAACUAUGUUGUUGUAGCGUAUAUUUGGUUGUAUCUGAAAAAACACUCAUAGAUAUUGAGUGUUUAAAUGCAUCUCUAUGAGGAGAUGCUGAUUGGCGCAGGGUGGCAUUUUGCGUUAUUACCUGCCAAUGCUUAGAUAUGGGAAAGCAUUGGAUUGGCUGAGAUCAUCAACAUUGAUGAUCUCAGGCUAGAAAGUGGAGCGUGGGCGGGACCAGCCUAGGCGAGACUGGCAUGGCGUAGGGAAAGGUAAGUAAAAUACCUUUUUCAUAGGGUGGGGUACCUAAACUGUGUUUUUACACCUAUAAUGUAAGGUAUACAGGUGUUUAUUAUAAAUAUCUUUGAUAUUUGAUUGAUUGGUUAAAUAAAAACUCCAUAUAUAGAUUAAUUUGCUUAUGCUUUGUUAAAGAAACACUAUACUGUCAGGAAUAUAAACGUGUAUUCCUGACACUAUAGUGCUUGAAUGCAGCAUUAGGUCCUGGUCCUCCAAUCUCUGGAGAUUAAAGGUGCUUUUGCUAUCCUUUUCUUCCACGCCGUGCUAGCCUCACUUUGAUUGGCCCCGCCGGGAUCAUCAAUUUUGAUGAUUCCCAUAGGAAAGCAUUGGGCCGCUAUUACGCAUGCACGGCAAAACACCACUCUGAGCCUAUCAGCAUCUCCUUGUGCAUGUAUGCACUGAACGUUCCCCAUAGAGAUGCACAUUGCAGCACUGACACGGGAAGCACCUCUGGUGGCCGUUUAAGUGCCUGCCACUAUAGGUGUAACUAGCCAGCAAUGUAAUCACUGCCUUGUCUCCGCAAGUUCUAUGGCUACAGAGACAGGCUAUCGACGCCAGAACCACUGCAUUAAGCUGUAAUGGUUCUGGUGAUUAUAGUGUCCCUUUAUUAUAUAAUGCCUUUAUUGACAGGUUCACUUUAAGCGAUAUCUGAGAUGUUCACAUUAUUCUCAGACCACCCUGUAUAAUUAGCUCUGUGUCCAAAGAGCAAUGUCACUAAUAUGAGUGAAACAAGAGUUUUAAUUCAGAAUAGUGGCUGAUUGCCAAACUACAGCUGUUUAGGGGCUUUGUCUUUUUUAUUUCCCUCUCUCUUUUCCUACUGUUGUUAAAGAAAACAGCCAUUCUCUCCCCCUCCCCCAAAACACAACACAGUACAUAUCAUUAUCAUCAUUAAAUGUGGCAUGAUCUAGGUUUAUAUUAUCAUAAAAUCCUUUUUUUAUGCCCCCACCUAGUGCAGUUGCAGCUUGACUACCUGCAUCUUUCAUGCAGUCUUGCGAUGAAAUUACGGCUAAAUAAAUAGAAUCUUCAUUUGUCUUCAGUACCUCCCAUGUGCUACAAGUGAAUUUAGGCUUUCUAAAUUCACCAGCGAUUACAUUAUCCCAUUACUGAAGUGUUCAGCAGUGGCACAAAAUAAAUUGUUUUCUAAACUUAACGUGACUUUGCCCUAAAUUUAAUUCACAGGUAUUCAAGAAUUACCUUUCGUCGAGAUCGACACAAACAUAAUUAAAACCCUUAUUUGUGGUGAGCUGUAAAUGUAGCAAUUACCUUAAUUAAGUUAGACAUGCUUUAUAUGAUAGAGGGGGAGGAAAAAAAUGCAUAUUUUUUAUUUUGUUUUUUAAAAUAUCUGCAAGAUUAGACAGCAAAUUCCAGUGACUGCUUCGAAAAGCAUUCCAUCUUUUCACUCCAUGGAUUUCUGUUUAUCAUUUGACAUUCCGAAUCUCCUUUAAUGUGCAACAUCCAGAUGACACUUUUGAAGAUUUUUUUUUUUUUUAAAGAAUUUAAUUGCAGCACAGUGCAUUUCUAGAUAAAUUGGAAUCUAUGAUGUAUUUAGGAAAAUUAAAUAAGCAGUUUAAACAUUAACCCACUGUGUGCUGUUGAUAGUGGUGCAAGAAUAUAGGAUAGGACAAAAUAGAAUUUUGUAUCAGGCUGUAGAGUGCUCUUUAUGCCCAAAGAUCAAAUCCUGGCAAAGGCUAUUUCCAAUUACAUUCAAAAUUAAAGUUUCAGUGAAAUGUAAAUCAUACCUCAAAAUUUAUACUGAACACAAAAUCAAUACUGUUGACUUACUACCAUAGAAAUAAAGUAUUUUAACUCAAGUAAGAAGAUGGUAAGACUGCCAGUGAUAUGCUAUUGGCAGCUUAAACGCUGGUUCCCAACAUGUAUAUAUUUCAAGAUGCCUGUUCUUCGUGAUGCCUCUACACCAAGCAUGUCAAACUUGCGGCCCACAAUGAAUAUAUUUGCGACACACCUGCCCUAGGGAUACUUUGGGCUGUGUCCUGCCACUGCCAAUCACGUGCUUUGACGGCUGAAAGACCGGUAAGCAUUAGGCCAUGCCGGCUCUGCGGCAUUACAGUGCACAGCAUGUAUGUCUGCAUAGUAGGCCAGCCACUCCCCUUCCCUAAAUUGGACAAUUGCAAGAAAACUUACAGGAAAGAUAGGUUGAAGAGGACCCUGCUCAAACGAGCUUACAGUCUAUAGGGGGGGAAGUAGGGCUUGGGGGACCUUCCUGUGUAGUGUGUUAAAUUGGGGAGGGAGUGUGCAGUGUAUUAAUUUUGGGGAGGGAGGGCAGUGCAUUAAAUGUGGGAGGAGGCGGUGUAUUAAAUUAGUGGUGGGAGUGAGGGCAAUGUAUUAGAUUAAGGAGCAGUGUAUUAGAUUGGGGGAGGGUGCAGUGUAUUCGAGUGGAUGGAGGUGGGGGCAGUGUAUCAGAGUGGGGGAUAUAUUAAUUUGGGGGAGGGGGAAGCAUAUUAAUCUGUCAGUGUGUCUGUGUGUGUGUCAGUGAGUGUAUGUCUUUCAAUGAGUGUGUCUGUCAGUGAGUGUGUGUGUGUGUUGGUCAGUGUUGCAUUGGCUGCGACUGGACAGUGGAGUACCUGGAGGUGCAUAGAGGCACACAACGCCACGUCACAUUCCAACGUGACAUCGACAUGCUCAAACUUCACAGGGUUUCAAGAAGUAGCUGGAGGAUCAUAUUUGGCACCGGGUGCGGAUGGCACCAUUUGGGGUAUACCAGAGGCGGAGUCGCAUACUGGCAGCAGCAAUGUGAGUGGAGUCUGCUUGUUGGCUAGAGGGGGGAUGCUGGGAUUUAGUAGAGGGGGAGGACUGGGAUUUCGUAUAUGGGGAGUAGUUGGGGGGGGGUCUGCUAUUUAGAAGAGGGGGUGCUGUGGUUUAGUAGAGGGGGAUGCUGGAGGUUUUUUUCCUACUGUAGUUUUCAAAAUAAACCUACGUUUCUAGGAAAACUUGCGUUUUUUGUGGCCCACAUAAACUUAAGCCUUGUUUAUGUGGCCCAUGCUAGACUUUGAGUUUGAAAUGCUUGCUUUAGCCCAUGCCUCACACGGAUCGUGGCAUUCAUGCAUUAGUUACCCCUCAAAUAAUCAAGCAAAGCUGUACAAUGUUGCACUAUUGUUUUUGGAGCUGGCUAUAUUUUCCUUUCUCACGGUUUAGUGGUUGGAUUUUAAACCACCAUGACCACAUCUGCUUUUUGAAGCGGUCGUAGUUCCAUUAAAUUUAGGGGAAAGUUAAGUUUAGGAAUCUGGAUUUCCAGUGUUUGAAACACUGCUCAUCCAGAGUUAUUUGCACUUGUGAGGACGAGGGCUAGUUGCACCCCUGACACACUUGAUAUUGACAGAUCAGAACUCUGUUCCAGGCUGCCUAAUUUCAGUUCUGUACAUAUUUUACGUCUCUCUCAAGGGCACACUGCAUGUUGCCGAUAGAUAUAACUUCUUUUCCCUUGCAGGAAACUCUUGUUCCCUCUCCCUCCCACACUUAAGGUAACAAUUUUUUUUUUAAUCCCUCCCUCCCUUUCACCCCUCCAUUUGCCAGGUCAGAGUGUGCACAUGCUCCCUGGGCUGGUAAAAUGGUCCACUCAAAGGUUUCUCUCACUGGAUUAGAGUAAGUUAACGUUAUUUUAAAACACCAUUUCAGUGUUUUUCUCUGGGGGCUGAUAGAGUAUUGCCAAUAGGGCAUUAUUCUGUCAUAAAUGAAAAGAGUUGGAGAAACCCUCCUUUCUGAAAUGGGCACUUUGUUCUGAUUUUAGAACAGACAUUCUUCUAUAGUUACAUGAACUACCGUAUAUACUCCUCUAUAAGUCGAUCUUGUGUAUAAGUCGAGUGCACUUUUUUGACCAACAAUUGUGAAAUAUGCUAUAAGUCGAGGGUACAUUAUUCAAAUGGAAUUGUUCGCUUCUGUAUGGUUAACAGACAAACUCUGUGUGGUCCCCCUUGUUAACAUCUCGUAAUCACCGACCACCUCUGGUUCUUAACCACAAACCGGCAUUCCCUGGGUGGCCACCAUUUGUAUAUACGAAUGCAUGUGUUGUUUCCCAAACCCAGGCAGCGGUACAUGGUCGUCGACAGCAUGGAUCUCUGAAUCAGCUGCCCAAGCCUGCGAACCCCGCUGAAAUUUGUACCCCUGCCCGUUCGACUUCCCGAAAAGCUAAGAGAACGGCGUUCGGGAGUCGACAUUGCCCUGCAUUCGACUCCCUAACGCCAUACAUAAUUCUAUCGAAACUAGCACUGACCCGUGGAUAAGUCAACUCUGCGUUUUUAAAAUGAAGUUUAGGACAAAUAUCUCAACUUAUGCACGAGUAUAUACGGUUCUAAGUGUGUCGUGUUUGUAGUGAAGACGUUGUAGAAGCUAUUGCUUCCUUAUUUUUCUAAAGGUUUGUUAGUUUAAGCACAUGAUCAAUUCUAGUUUUAAGUAACUAUCUGAGUUAAAUCUAACUAUGUCAACAAACCUUAUCUGCCUGGUAUGGAAGCAAGGGGAAGUUUUGUUUUUUGGAUAGUGUGAUGAAAAAUAACCUCCACCGUGUCAAAUAAGACACAUGAUUCAUAAGACUUGGAUCAAGUUAAUAGAAGCAAAACAGAUUUGUAGGAAGUUGGCAAGUUGGUAUUGUCGAUAAUCUGAGAUCUGAACUCAGCAAUGUGUUAUAUUCCCAUGAGCACGCUCGUCUCUUAACAUAUCAGUUGCAUCUCCAUGGUAAAGGUGAAACAUUACUUUCUUCAGUCCAUUCUCUUGAAGCAAGGGGAUAUGUUGACAAUAUAGUUUUCUGUACCGCAAAGUAAAUAUUGAUCGAGGUUUACAUAGGUUGUUUGGGCUAGAAUACAAUGAUUUCCAAAUCAGACCAAUGAAAAACGUGAUUCCUACUGUCAGGAAAAAAAAAAGCUUUUGCAUGUUGGCACCUUUGUAAAAUUUAAGAAAAUAAAGAUGAAAGCUCAAACUGAAUUUUGAUCCUUAAACCCCCUUCCCACUCUCCCCAGAAUAACAAAAAAAUAACUGGAGUAUAUCAUAAAUCGUGCUAAUAUAUCCAUGGACAAGAUAGUUACAGGAGUAGUUCAUACUGGAAUGAUGUAUUACCCAUUUUAUAUACAAGGGGGAUACAUGCAUGAAAAUACAACAUUUUUAAAAUGAAUUAAAGUAAAAAAAAAAAGACACUUAGCCCUUGUUUGCUGCAAAAUCUGCAGCUUAUUCAAGAACCAGGAAUUUGCUGAAAUUUCUCAGCGAGUUCUGAACCUCCCAUUUUUUAAGUGUAAGUGCAUUGUAUAUCUGAGAAGUCCCCCCUGCAUUAUUCUGUGAUUCACAAGCACUCCAAUGGUCCUCCAUGUGAUAGAGGUUUGGGUUACGUAUAAAAACCACACCUCUAUGUCUCUGAUUCCCUCAAUUACCCUUAAAAAAAAAAAAAAAAGAAAGAAAUACAGUAAAAAAUAAUAACCAUUGAUCACUAUUUUAUAUAAUGAUCAGUGAGUUUGCAUAGUCUGACUCAUUUAGUGAGCAUCAGCUAGAGAGAGGCUUGGGAGAAUUUCUAACAUACUGCACACUUUAAAAAAAAUUUAACCCUUGAUUGUUAUAUUUAUACAAUGAGAAAUUACAAUGAGAAAUGUUAUAUAUAUUUUUAAAUAGUUGCAAAUAUAUUAUACUACAGAGUGUGCAAGCCACAUAUUUUAUGCAUUUUAUAAUUACCGUACGUGUAUGAUGUGUGGGUGCAUUUAAUGAGAAACAGCAGUUACAGUUAAACACACAGACGGCACAAAUAAGAAAAUCCCUGUGAUCCUACUGUGAACAAUAACCUUGUUUAAUUCUGAAUGCUAAAAGUACAUUUUGUGGUUUGUAUAAUGUAGUGUUAAAAUGAGUCUAAACCUCUUUUUGUGUGUGGUUACUUAUUUCUGUUCUAUUCAUUUAUUGUUGUGAUGUUUUAUUAAAGAAUGGCACUCAUUUCAUAUUGUGUAUCAAAAUAUGUAUUCACUUUGCAUUGAAACAGUAAGAGAUUCAUCCUGUGCUUGCUAAUUUUGACUGUGCCAUAUGGCUUGCGUUCUUGUCUGUUGUCUGUGCUUGUCUCUUUGGAAGCAGCGUGGUUAUCAUGCGAUUGCUGCAAUGCGAUCACAUUGCUGUCCCAGUCCUCGUGCUGUACGGUAUAAGUAGAAAUGUUACAUAGGAAACAUACCUCCUGUAUUAAGUAUACCUUUUAAAGUGGUACUGUCACUUUGUGAGAUCUUUUUGUUUUUUGCAACAAACCCCCCAGGUGGCAAAUCUGCUUCCAUUGUGGGACCUCAGGAGAGAGAGGUGUGAAUAUAUGCUUACAUUAAGACUUCCCUCUUUGUCCUCUCCUCAUCUAUUCUUUAGCAACUGGCAGAUGAAGCCACCAGGGGCUGCAUUAUCUUUAUAUAGAGAGUACAAAAUGAGGGUCUACACAGGAUCUUCUCACUCUUGUUAAAUAGGAUAACCAUUCUCACCAGUUGUGUGUACAAGUGAUGGCUGAGGGGACUAAAUCUUUGCCUUUGUUGUAUUUUGCUAUAAUUUUUUGCAAAUAUAAGAGAGAAUAAUCUCUUCUUUAUCUUAUAUUAUUUUUUUGCUUGCCUAGUAUUCCAAUGCAAUCUAUGAGUUUCUCCUUAUAUUGUUUAAAAAAUUCAAAACCUCAGAAUUAACCUUGCCACUUUAAUUACCGCAAUCACCAUUAGGCUUCCGAAACCGAGCCAGGAGUUGAGUAUUUUUAUUGUCAUAUUUCUUAAUGUCCAUAUUUAAUUUUGUAGAAAUGUAUUGUAACACAACUGUUCUAAUAUGAAAACUACAAAAAAUGACCUAAGACUCUGAUGAGACUAAAACCAGGCCUCAAACGUUCUACCUGUCAUCUCACCAUUAGUGAGUGAAAAUUCAACACUGGCAAAUAAAUUUGAGCCGUUUCUUUAAAAUAGAAUAUAUUUGACUGCUAUCUCAUCCAAAAACAUCAGGCCUGGAUGUUAUGCAUUUCAGAUCGGGAGCAGAAUGUGUGUGUAUUUCCCUGCUACACUCACAGCUCUCCAAUGUGCGCUGCUAGAUAAAGUGGGGGCAGAGUUUUAACACUGUCACUCAAGUGAUCAGUAUGUAAUCCCCCGGACUACCUAUAAUUCCGAUUAGCUUCUAUGGAAAUAAAGGGUUUUCUAAUUGUUUCAUGGACUUUGCAAACAUUUGUUAAUUAUUCCCCUUCCCAGCAGCCUGGCUUCUGUAUAGCUUGGCUGAUGGUAUUAUGGGAAAAUAUGGCUCCCUUUGUGCUAAAGUUAUAAUUGGCUCCAUCUUUGUUCUUUAUAGAAAUUGUGCAAAUUAAUUAGGGAUGAUAGGUGGAGGGUUAAUGCGAUAAGAUGGCUUGUUGGUAGUUGCAGACUGGGCGUGUUUGUGAAAUAUUAUUGAAUACAUGCAGUAAAUGACACUCAUUCACCUCUGCUUGUGCACAUAUUGGCUUUUCACAAAGUACACUCCUGCAUUUGCACAACAUCAUCGCACGGACCUUCCAUAGAACGAUCUGUGUAUGUGUGGUAGCUAGGAACUUUUAAACUUGGUUAGUAGAAAAUGAGCCUUCUAAUACAAUGUGUAUAUAUAUGAAAAAAGUAUGCUAUUUGUUUAUGGAGUAAUAUAAGCAAACUGGUGCAAUUCAGUAGGUAAUCGAUAAUUGCCUGAUCAUGUUUGGGGAGCAUGAGUUGCAGCAAAUCAUGGUUCAUGCAGUGGUGGUAAAAUAAUAAAAUAAUUCAAUCUGUGAAAGUGUGUAAUUGACGAUUUGCUAUGUUAAGAUAAUUGUUUAAGAAUCCAAAGAAAUAUGUCCUUUAUUUAAUGAACAUUUGAACACUGCUGACUGCCAAUGUCAGAUUACUUACAGACUGUUGUGAAGACCUGCUUUCCAAGUUGGGUAGAUGGGUCUUUUCAUAACGUAAAUUAGUAUGUUGAAGAGAGAUGGUGUUGUGAGUAAAUAGGAUCUUGUAUCACAGCGGCAUUCCUUACAACAUUCAUGAACAAUUACACUCUCAAGAAUCCAAUACAGUUUAGCUGAUGGAGCUACAUUUAUAGGAAACAAAGAAAUCUUAUCAUUCAACUACUUGCCAUUAGGACUAACUACCAGAAACCUGACCAUGAAAAAUGUACCCUUUCCUCUAAUUCUUAAGGUUGUGAUUUAGGCAAGCUAAUCGACCAUACCUACAUGUGCACAGAGAGAUGUGGAAGAUCUGUCACAUUAGCAGAAAUGGCUGACAUUGGUUUCACUUAUCGUAUGUGAGUUUUUUUGUGGACUUUCCAAUGGAUUUGGGGGGGAUCUAGAACAAUUGAAACGUAUCCAAAUUAGGAUUCUCUUGGAAGAUCUGGUACAAUAGAAUAGUAAUACUUAAUCAAAAUAUCAGUUAUAUAUGGCAUUAAAUCGAUGAAAGCUGCUUGUUUUCUCUAGCAGAAUGUAUAAUUGUCAAUUUACAUAUUUGUAGAGAAUGGCACCAGUUAUACCUUUUUGAUCAUAUUCACAUGAUCGUUUCACAAUUUAUCCUUGAGCAUCUUAAUUGUCAAUAAACCCUGUUCUUAUGUACUUAUGAGAAUUAUUAAUGUGUAAUGAAAACCAAUAGUGAAAUGUAUUGAUUAUGCAAUAAAAACAACAAAAAAUAAUAAUUAUCCAAAACACUAGAACUGUAGAGGAAGUGUUAGAUGACUAAUGGCUGUUGAGUGUUGGCGUUAAAUCUGUUUUCAAAGUUAUUUUGCACUACUUCCUUUUGGCUGCACAACCGCUGUUUUGUCAUUUCUGAGCUGUCUCAGUCUAUUAUCCAUUGUUUGAGUACUACAUAACUGAAAGCCUUUAGAUCAUCCUCUACAAACCCCACUGUAAUGCAGACACAGUGUCUCCUGAACCGUCAAUGCAAUAGAACAUACAUAUAAAAUAAUGCAGACAGUGACUAGACUUGAAAUCAGUUUAAUUUAUUGGCCAUUUAUUAAUUUUACAUUAAUCAUACUAAUGAAGUUGGAGACCUAGAAAGUUUUAAUUUGGAAGUAUGUAUUUUACAUAUAAAGAAAACUGUAUUAUUUGAACUACUUAAAAAAAAAAUUCUCAUUAUAUUUAGAUUCAACAUUUUUUGUGUAAAAGCAUGGUUUGUCAAAUUGUACACUUUAUGACGCAAUUGCAAUUUUAGAACUGAUACGAUGAUUUUGCAAUUCGGGAAAAAGGGAAUCCAUAGCUCUCUUUGUAAUAGUCCAAAAAUUAGGUGCUAGCCAUAACUAUUGGUUAUGGUAGAGUAAAGAUAGAAGCUUCUUAGGAAAUUGGCAGUUGGCUUUAAAGAGCAAAGUCCAGCCCUAUACAUUCAGAACCAAAUAAGAAGAGAAGACCAAUACAAGACAAUCCUUUGUCAAGCCCAUGGUUUAUAGGUAAUUUUAGUUGUCAUAGCAGACACAAGAAACCGUUUACGCCUAAUGGUAAUUAAAGGUAUACAAGUUGGACAACAUGUAACUAUACAAAAUUGAAAAGUACUGAAAUAUGAUACAUUUUGCCUUGCUGUAAUAGUCCAGAGUAGGUCCUUAUACGGAGGGACUUCUUAUGGGAUGGACAAUUUUCCCUGACCGUUCGUUAUCCUCAGUAGGUCUACAAAUAAAGAGCUACCAACUAGCUCAAGACCAACAGCAUGUAGCGAUAUAUUCCUCGCUUAAGAACUGGCAAAUUUAUAUACAUGGAGAGCAGGCAAUGUGGGAAAGGCAUGAUCUCGACUAUAGACUGAUUGAAUGUCUCUUGUAAAUUAUAUUUGGUUAAAAACCACACGGAGGAGAUGCCAAUACUGUAAUAUUUUCGUAUCGGGUGAUCUACUUCCUAAAAGUCAAAGACAUCCUUACAACCAUGGAGCCUCACAGUCCCCUCUAAGAAACCAGCAUUGAGUUGUUCAGUCCCUGCUCUGGGAUUUAAGUAUGAAGUCUCCUUCUGAAACAGUCAUAAGAUCAUUGGAUAGAAGCACAAAAGAUAAAACAUAUAGUGCUUGCUUGUGAGGCUCCAUGUUUUUAAGGGUGUCUGACUUUUAUCGCAUAGUCAACCUGAUACUAAAAUACCUCUCCAUUAUGUGUUUAUGUCCUCAUAUCACUUACAAGACAAUUGUAUUAGUCUGUGGUCGAGGUCACGCCUACCCACGUUGCUUGCUCUGCCUGUAUAUACAUCUGCCAAUUCCUAAGUGAGGAAUAUAGCGCUACAUGAUGUAGCUCUUUAUUUGCGGACCUAUUGAGGAUAACUGAGUGUCACGGAAAUUGACCAUCCCAUAAGAAUUCCCUCCGUAUAAGGACCUACUCCGGACUAUUAUAACAAGGCAAAAAUAAUCCUAUUUCUGGACGUGUCCAUUUGUAUAGUUACAUAUUGUCUAACUUGUAUACUUUUUUUUUUUUUUUUUAUAUGGCAUUCUCUAAUAUUUCUUUAUUAGAUUUUUAUAUAUUUUGGUUUAGUAAAUUUAACCUUAUGAAAAUAUCUGCACUUUAACUGAUUUGUAUCCAAAAGGAAUACACUUAUUAAUGCACUUUUUGACAUUCAGUUAAUUUUAUAAAACUAAAGAGAUAGGACAACUUUUUAAAGCUAUAAAAGUGUAGAAUUUUCAGAUAAAUGUUUAGAUUAUGCACAUUAUGGGUUUGUUAUUCUUUUAUACUUUUGAGCUAUAUUGAAGCUCUAGUGAAGCCCAUAUCUUCUCAGAUAAGUAUAUGAUAUUUUCAUUUAAUUUCAGUGCACCCCCUUUUUUCUUUCUUUAAUUUGUUGUUUUUUUCUGGCUUGUUUUUUUUUUUUUUAAUUGGUAAUUUUUUAUUUUCAUAAGGUCAAUGGGGUACAGAAAGAAGAAAGGGAGGGUGUUAGGUUAUACAACAAUUUUCACCAAUUAUAUCAUGCCUCUAGGAGGAAGAAGAAGAACAAUUGCAUUAAGUCCCAGCUGAACAUCAGUAUUGCAUUAAGGCCUCAUUGACACUUUCCCCAUAUCUAACAUUUUGUGUUCCGAGUGUGCUGAGCUUUGCUAGACGCAGGCAGGCCUAUGCUGAACUUCUCAUUCCUGGCAGAGGACAUUACAGCUUGGGUUUGGGCUUUUCAACUGGGGAUGAACAGUGGGGGGGGGAAAUUAAGAAAGAAAAGAAAAAAAGGGGGGGAAAGGGGGGGGGAGUGGGAUGGGGUGUUGGGGAGGUGAUAGUUACUUCAGUGUGGUCUUAGGUCAGAGUAAGUAUCCAUGCUCAAGUGUGGUAUGGAGGCGGGAUAUACACCUCGGUAGGGCUGACCCCUAGGUGGGUGUAUCAUUCUAUGCGUGGAAACCUCAAGUACCUUUGAGGGGGGUUGUGUUCAUACCGGGUGUGGGACUUUGUAUGUGUGGCAUUGAUGGUAUGUACCAUAUCAGUGCUUUUGGCAGUCUUUUGGUUUAGUCACGCUUGGUGCUAUGUCACGUUAGUUGCAUUCACCCUUUCCCAAAAAUCAGCCCAUGGUGCCCAGGACAUCUGGAAGGACUUUUUUUGUGGGGCCGUUUUGGCUGUCAAGCCUUCAUACAUGUGGUAGCGGUGGAGCGUAGUCAACAAUUGGGUUUUGGAAGGGCAUUCCCGCUUUUUCCAGUGUGUUGCUAUGAGGUUUCGUACUGCUAAUGCAGUGAUUGCCAAUAUGCAUUUUACCGAUUUUGGGGUCGAGUGCGGAUAGGAAAGAAAUAACCCUGUAUGUACAUCCAUUGGUGGUGCUGUGAUGCCCAUGUUCCGUAAGGUGGACUGUGCGUCCUCCCAUAGGGGGCGUAUGCGUUGGCACGCCCACCAGAUGUGGAACAUUGUGCCCUGUUUUUCCCCACAUCUCCAGCAAAGCGGGGAUACAGAGUUGUACAUGGUAUGGAGCCUGUGUGGUGUUAAGUACCACCUGUAUACCAAUUUCCUGUGGGCCUCUAUGUGUGAGUAGCUUUGUGUAAGGCCCUUGAGGGCGUUGGGAGACGCUAGCACUUCUGCCUCCGUUAUUAGCUCAUCACAUUCAGUGAGCCAUUGGUUCGCGAAGGGUGGGACGUAGUGUGGUGCUGUUUUUAGGAUUACUUGGUAGCAUAGAGCAAGGGUUUUUGGUUUGGUUGGAGUUUGCCAGCAUCUGUCAUAUAGUGUAUCUACUACUUUGGUGUCUCGGCUAGCACUCGUAGCGAUUUGUGCCACAUGAGUGGGUAUGACACUCUUGAGCUGCAUGUAUGGGAAUAUUGAUGAGUUGGUUAGUUUAAAUUCAUGUUGUAGGUCUGGGAAAGGUUUGAUGAGGUUAUGUUGCAUGACUUGAUCUAGGUGUUUAAUACCUAACUUAACCCAGGAUUGCAGGGAGAGCCAUGGUGAGAUUGCUCGUAGGGCCGUCAGUGGUGCUCGAGGGUGGAAUUUAUAGGUGGAAUUUUGCCUGUUAACUUGUAUACUUUUUAAUUACCACUAGGUGCAACCUGUUUCUUGUCUCCUGAGUUUGCUAUUUCUUUUGUUGUUUUUUUUUUUUAGGGUACCCCAACCACCAGUGUUUGCUGUAUAGUUAGAGCUGUAGCUAUUCUUUUUACAACUUUUUUGAUAAUGUUACACAGACAAAAAGAAAAGGACACUCCAAGCACCAUAACCACUACAACUUAUUGUAGUGAUUAUGGUGUUAGACGGUAGUGGGUGCAGUUCGUCACAAAUUGAGUGAUUCAAUACAGCCAAUUCCUUAUUCACUAAGAAGUGAUCUUUCUCAUUAUUCUCCAGAAGAGGUGGUGUGCUUACGGUGGUGCAAAAUUCCCCUUUGAUUUUCUUAAACCACUGGACAAAAUACAGAGACACUUCACACAACUCAUCCUAGCACCAUAACCACUACAGCAAGCUUUGUUGCAGUACUUUGUGUAAUCUUUCCAAUGCAUAGAGUUACGCUUCUAUAAGUUCUGUGUUGUUUCAUUGUGUUAUUCUGUAACCACAAAUCUUAUCAUCAAGCUUUUUAAAGUUCUGGUGAUAAUGUUUGGGUUUCUUUUUUUUUUCUUUUUUUAUUUAUUAGAACAAAGUAUGUCAGUGGGAUGUUCUGUCCCAGUUAUGCUAUAUAACAGAGGGUGUGUCCCUUUGACCACAGGAGGGUCUAAAGAGCAGUUGCAGUGUGUAAGUCCUAAGGGUUUUAAUGCUUGUACCUAAUUAUCAAUAUUUCAAGUGGUUCCUCAUUGAGCACGUAAAGGAGGACCAACUAAUAAGCGAGAGGCAGCUAAUUAUUGAUUCUGGAACGAGCUUAGCUUACAUAGCUGUGAUGUAUAUAGAAGCAGUUGGCUGCCAUUUGUGAUUGCUUGUGACUUACUUGCAUGAUAAACACAGCUUUGUAAAGUUCCCACUUUACUCUUUUUCUUCCCCAAAAUAAUAUACCAGAACGUGUUGCUUAAUCCCAUCCGUGUUUUAAAGCCACUAUACAAACUGAUCUCUUGUAUUAACUCAACUGCGUAUUAUUGACUUCAUAUUUAUCAUGCAUACAGGAGUAGAAAUCUGUAUGUCUCUCCACGCAAUGUGAUGCUUUUAUAUUGUGCUUAUGGUACGAAUUUACAAAGACCGCAGAAUCUUAGUAAACAUGUUUAAUGAGCCGCUGCAUAUUGUCUUUUGGUGUCUGUUUUUGCCAUCAGCUAACAAAUGCUUUAUUCUGUUUUCAAUGUCUUGUAGGCCUUUUUGCGAAUGUGCAAUCUGCCAGUCCAGGUGGUUUGCAGGGCAAAUGCUGAAUAUAUGUCUCCAUCUGGUAAGCUCUAAUGUUCAUUUAGGUUGCUGUAAUUUUAAAUUGGGUUCUGGAUUCUAUAGCGACAUUACCUAAGCCUUCCAAUCAUAAAUAUUUCUUCAUUAAUUUCCAUACUUAAAGGACCACUAUAGUGCCAGGAAAACAUACCUGUUUUCCUAGCACUAUAGUGCCCUGAGGGUGCCCCCACCCUCAGGAUCCCACUCCCGUGGCACUGAAGGGUGAGGAAGGGGUUAAUCCCUUACCUUUUUUUCCAGCGACGGGCUCCCUCAGCGCUGGGACUCUCCUCCCUCUUCUGACGUCCCUGGAUGAAUGCGUAUGCGCAGCAAGAGCCGCGCGUGCAUUCAGCCAGUCUCAAAGGAAAGCAUUCUCAAUGCUUUCCUAUGGACGCUGGCGUCUUCUCACUGUGAAAAUCACAGUGAGAAGCGCGGAAGCGCCUCUAGCGGCUGUCAACGAGACAGCCACUAGAGGCUGGAUUAACCCAUUUGUAAACAUAGCAGUUUCUGUGAAACUGCUAUGUUUACAGCAAAAAGGGUUAAACCUAGCUGGACCUGGCACCCAGACCACUUCAUUAAGCUGAAGUGGUCUGGGUGCCUAUAGAGGUCCUUUAACAUUUCUUGCCUUUAAAAGUUUUAAAAUUAUAAAUGUAUGCAAGUUAUUUUUACAUACCUCAUUUGUUAUACCUGGGGUUACCAAAUCCACCAUGUUCCUCAGACACAUAUCAUGUAUACAUAUUGAUGGGAAGCACGUGAAAAGGGUUGCCCUGUAGUAUGUAGUGAUUCAUAAGAAAGUGUAUAACAUUAAGUAAUUAGGCAAUGAAGAAUUCUGCAGAAUAUGCAUUAUACAUACUACAGGGCAACCAUUUUCAUGCGUUUUCAUAAACAGGACACACUUAUAUGUCUUCUUGUAAACAUGGUAGAUCUGGUAACCCUACCUGUAUGGUAUUUAUCGUUUUUUUUACUCUUCUCGCUAUAAGAGUGUACACAAGUACUAGUAAGUAGGUCUUGUAAACUGGAACCUUGUGGUCACUUUAAUUUUACCUGAAUGGGUGAGAAAGUUACGGUCUCUAAUAAAUACUCCAAUUGAUUCAUGGGAAGGCUCCUCUGUUCAUUUUGUAUAAGUACUUGUUCAUUAUUUGUCUGUAUUCCAUUUCUUGUACAGGACUGUGCAUAAUGUUGGCACUAUAUAAAUACAAAGUAAUACUAAGAAUUGAGGUGAAUAAAAAAUAUUCCUGUUUGAUUAAAGGAUCACUCCAAUUACCAUAACUACUACAGAUAGCUGUAAUGAUUAUGGCGCUUGGGGUGCCCUGGCACCCCCUGUUGUAAGUAGUCAAACUGUUUUAGAACUGUCUGGCUUCUAACCUGUGGUCCAUUAAGCUCUGCUUCCCGUCUCCACUUCUGGCUCUCCAUCAUCCGUAGUGAAGGCAGAGAGCAGCGCCCGACAGUCCCAAGGUCUAAAAGGUUUGACUACUACAGUGAGGUGUAGUGUUUGUGGUGCUUGAAAUAUUAAUUUAAUGUUUUUGUUGUGAAAUAGGGAUCAGGGUUCAUAUCUGUCCAUUUUUACACAACACUCAUGUAAAGAUGUACCGAGGUUCAAAUGAAAUGCUCUGUCAAAUCCCAAUGUUUAAUACUGCUUAGUCUUACUACUAGCGUCUUGGUAUCAGAUUAGAAGUUGUGGUUUGAUCACACUGCAUAUCCGCAGAAAUAUCUGAAAAUAAUAACCACUCUACUGCUAUUGUAGGUGUCACAAUAAAGAGCAUAUUGAUCUUGGGGGGGAAAGGUGCUGAGCUGACUUUUCUCUAAGCAUCAAUUGAUAGAGAAGCUAAUGGAAAUCUUGAGCAAGAAAAGAGUGGAAGAGUUAUUAAGCCAAGUGCUUCAGAUCCAAUAUUGAAAAAUAGUUAGUGCUGCUGGGAGACAUUGGCCUUUGUGCCAAUACUGUGGAAGAGAAACAGAUUAAUAAAGCACAGACUAAUGGUCAUUACAGUGUCUAUCCAUUUAUUCAAGGUACAUAGGCAGCUAGCGCUUGGUUGUUUUUGGUGUAUUUAUUUAUUUACUCUAUUUAAUUCUAGUUUAACAGUUCAAGGGAACCCUGUUAUCUAUAGCAAAAUUAACCUUUUAAAUCUGUGGAAAUUAAACCGUUAAAUAAAACAUUGAAAAUGAUCUAGAACUAAGUUAACUCUCUCCCCCCCUCACCCUCCCCGUAAGAUGGUAACGCUGCACAGAGUUUAACCGCUUUCCUACCGGAGAUGUAGCUCCAGCAGCGUCCUAAGCCAGCCCAGAAUAAGAGAAUAAGAGUUCUGAGCUGGUUAAUGUCAAUUAUGUACAUAUAUCUGUGCUCCGAAACUCAUGCAUAGGCUAAGAGCUCUCCGCUGACACUCUCAGUCAUUGAAUGAACGGCAAAAUCGUAAUUCUGCUUCUGCAGCAUUGCAUAACCAUUUACCGGUAUGUUGUGAUAUUUCAUUUAACAAGAUAUAUCUAAUUUAUCUUGGAUAUACAUUUAUAUCAAUUGUAUAUAUGUGUGUAUAUAUUUAUACAAAAAAAAUAUACACACACAUACACACAAAAUGGCUUAGAAAUGUAAUUUGUCUUUUGUGUCAACCCAUUGUACAAUACCGCAGAAUUUGUUGGCACUUAAUUAAAUAAUAAUUAUAUAUAUAUAUACCCCCAUCCUACUCGCUUAAUUGCCAGGGCAUCUUGAAUACAUUUUACAUUUCCCAGUGCUACUACUAUAACUCAAAUGGAUUUAAAAGCAUGUAAUCCUUUUGGUUGUAGACAUAUCAGUGGAUUGCAUGUGCCUUUAUUGAUUAAAGGGUCACUAUAGUCACCUAGCCAACUUCAUCUCAAUGAAGUGGUUUGGGUGCACUGACCUUUGGAUGUUCACAGUGCCCACCACACAUGAGUAUCAGCAGGUACACACUAUAGUGUUAAAAAUACACUUUUGAAUUCCUAAAGCUAUAGUGUUCUUUUAAAUAUAAAUGUGUGGGAGCUCUUCUAGUAAGGUCAGCAGACAAAGGAUUCCAGUAUCAUUGCACUUUGAAUUUCUUUAGUUAUGAAAUAAGAUAAGCCAACAAAACAAAUGACAAACCAACAAACAUAAUUCAUACAUGAUGCCAAAUGUUAGUGCCCUUAAGGCUAGAAAUGUAUCUAGUGUUUGCAUAGAUGCCGGUAGCACAAUCUGCUAUGCUCGCCGUGGGUGAUGCUGUAUUCUCUGUUUGUUCUGCUAUUUGACUGCUUGCGAUCUCUUUGAUGAGCACUGAAUGCUGAAAGAUUGGAGAUUCUAUUAAAAUUCUCUGAUUACUUAGGUGCUAUUCGUAAACUUUUGAGCCAGUAUUCUGGUUAGAGAUACAUGGAUAUAACUAUGUUACACCAUGUACUUUAGAUUACAAAGACCUGCUCAAUGUAACUUAGCCACAAAACUAUUAAUGCAUAUGCACAGUACAUAUUUCUGUACAUGUUAAAGGGACAGUCUAAGCACCAAAACACCUUUUAACUUAAUGAAGUAGUUUUGGUGUGUAGACCACAACCCAUGCAGUGUCACUUCUCAAUUCUUUGCCAUUUAGGAAUUAAAUCACUUUUUUUGCAGCCACAUCUCCUCUGAGUGAUACUCACACAGCCUCCCUUCACAAAAAAAAAAAUGAUCUAACUUCUUGAUGGCAGAGAUUUUACCAGGAAGACUGCAGGGGCGUGAUCUGUACACCAAAACUUGUAUUAUUAUCAUUAUUAUAAAGUGCCAACAUAUUCUGCUGCGCCGUACAAUUGAGGAAAAAGACAGAUAUACACAGACCAAUACAAAAUGUAAUGAAAGGCCGGCUUGUGAGCUGUGAUCCAGCUUACUUUUAUUUAGCUAACGUUGUUUUGAUGCUUAUAGUAUUCCUUUAAGAACCUUAAGGUCAUAUGAAUGAAACUGAUCGUUAAAAAUUAAAUUUGAGUAGUAAAAUUGACACAAUCCUGCAAUAUACUUUAAACUGAUAUAAGUCUAGUCUGUAGGUAAGUGUAUUUUCAGUUGGAAUUUUGAAUGGUGUAUGAUGUGACUACUGCAAAACUUUUUUGGUAUGAAGGAGCCUACAUCUUGUUAAACAAAGCAUGGCUAGGUUAAUCCCAGUAAAUGGGAGUAAUACAGACACUCCUCACUUAACAACCGGGUUCCGUUCUUACGACCUGGUCAUAAAACAAAUUGGUCGAUAAGUGAGGAUGCGCUAGUGGUGAAUCUCCCAGAACAUACACCAGUUCACUAGUGCAGGAAAUCGCUGAAAUCUAUGUUCGGGAAAACGUCCACGAACCUAGAUUAGCUCAAUAACGCAGGGAAUCACUGAAAUCUAUGUUCGGGAAAACUUCCCCGAUCAUAGAUUAGCUCAAUAGCACAGGGAAUCGCUGAAAUCUAUGUUCGGAGAAAAUUCCCCAACAUAGAUCAACUCUCUAAAGUGGGGAAUCCCUUGAAUCCCCACGCUAGAGAGCUGGUUAUAAGUGCGAGCCGUCGUAAAACAGGUAGGUGGUAAAGUGAGGACCACCUGUACUUCAUAAAAAAAUUAUCGCUAGCAACUAAUCAUUUUUAAGGGUUGAUAUAACUAUAAUCACGUUUACUCCUCAGAAGGUUUCUCUAGCGUGUGUGACAAAUGUGUAUUUGACCAUGAAAUAAAUUUACUAGAUUUUCAAGAAGUUAGCAAAACUUGUCUCGUACUAUUAGAUACAUCUCUAAACCAUUUUUUUCCAGAAUGCCCAUUUUUGUUUUUCUAUAUGGUCAUUUAGCCCAAAUCUUACCUAAUGUGCUUUCAAACAAAAUCUACCAUAUACCACACCAUUUUUAUCACUUUGUAAUUCACAGCGUGCAUAUACCAAUUUUAUUCUUUAAUAUGGAACAUGUUUAUUCUUCCAUAACAAAACAAGCAAUUCUCUGCCGCAACGUGAAUUAAAAAUGGUGCGAAAAAGAAAUACCCGUGUGGGGAGAAGAAUAACACGAAUAAAGAAGCUUCCUCCCCCACCUGUCUUUGACAAACAUACCCUUUUGACUCUACUAUGGAAUUUGCUCUUAGAAUGUUAUUUCCAUUGAACCUCCUCUUUGCUGAAGAUGAAGUCAGUCUAGCUUUAACUAGUUGAACUAUGUUCACUAUUUGCCCAUUUGAACUUUUUUUUUUUUUUUUUAAUUCUUUAUUUUUGUUGUGCAUGGGUUUACAGCAGUGCUUGUAUAGCCACAACAGCUUCCACAAGCGCAUUAUUAUUUGAACAUAGGUAAGUUAUGCGUUAAAACUUGCACAUUUUUACAUUUAAUGAGUUGUAUGAACAAGCUAAGUUAAGUAAUCUCCUAUAUGAGAUUUGCAUCUCAUAGAUAGAUUGUAUGUGUUAGACAAGUAUGCCUAGUUUGAUUGGGUGUAGGUUAGCGUUUUGUCUGAGAUGGUCUAGGCGCAUGAGGAGGAGAUUUUGCUUUUCAUCAUCUUAAGUUAGGUCAGGCUGAAGAAGCCCUGUGUAGGUGCCAUAUAGUGAUCCCUUGGGGGGGGGGGAUUGUCACUUAAGGGUUCGGGAGUAUUGUGUAUGUUGCUUCUCUGUGGGUAGGUCACGUUUUGCAUCUGACUGAGUAGGCUCUAUACUGAGCUGGUUGCCAGGGUGUGUGGUAUCAGGGCUGCCUAGUGAGCAUCAGGUGAGUUGGUAGGUCUCGUGCCUGAGGGUUAGUGUAUAACUAGUGUAGGGAAGAGAGUGAGGGUGUGGGUAUAUACGCUCCAUUGUGUAGUUCGCCCACUCCUGAGGGGGGUAUUUGUUGGGGAUUAUGGGGGGUAAUCGCCAUCUCGGUCGUGUAAUUGUCAACCCAAAUUCGGGUUUUCAUGACUAGCCGUCGUGUAGUUUAAAAACAUAAACUGAAGCAUUAAUGCUAAACGUUGAACACAUUUUAAACAGUACGGCUUUGUUGGGGUGUUCGGCUGUCUUGUCGAGUUGCGUUUAAGUAUUUAGUGUUCAGUCCUGCUAAGGCUCCAUUUCCCCUGAUGUGGCGGCUCUCGGUGUGAAUAUGGCCGUGUUCACUGGGUCCCAGGCUUUGGAUGGUUUGUCUUGUGUUCUUACGGUCUGGCCUGCUAUGCCUAGUGAUGCAAGGAAAGAGGGUAUAUCUGCCCCUGCUUCUAGUGUGUGGACAGUCCCGUUAUGCGUAGCAUAUAGCGUUCCAGGGGGGCCCCAUCUGUAUGUCACCCCAGCUGUUCUGAGUUGGGAAGUGAUCGGUGCCAAUGAUUUGCGCCAUUGCAGUGUGGCUCAUGUGAGGUCCUGGUAGAAGGUUAGAGAGGCGCCUUCAAAGGACAGCGGUGUUUUACCCUUCAGGGCUAGCAUAAUCUGGGCCUUAUCCUGAGAGGUGGCGCAGCGGAGUAUGACGUCUUGCAUUUGGCCUGGUUUUGCCGUGGGUGAGCCUGGUAGUCGAAAUGUUCCUUCAAUGGUUAAUUUCCUGGUCACUGGGUGAGGUAAGAUGGUCGCCAUCAAUCGCCUGGCAUAGUGUGGUAGUUCAUCUGCGCUAAUGUUAGCAGGGACUCCCCUUAUCUUAACAUGGUUGCGGCGUAGUCUGUCUUCAAAGGCCGUCAGCCUGAGCGACAAGGCUGAUUGGUGCACUUGGAGCUGAGUAACUGUGUCUUUAAUUGUGGUCAAGUCAGAGUUAAUGCUGCCGAUGUUUGUUUCAGCUUGUUACUCGGCCUGUGACUGCCUGUAUGUCUGCUUUUAUUUGCUGGAGGUCUGCAGCCCAGACCUUGUGUAUGUCUGCCAGCAGUGCCUUUAAAUCAGCUUUGGUAGUGGGAGCUGUGCCAUCAUAGGGCUCUUGGGAUGGGGCCUGAUCUGUCUGCAGGGCUUGUGUGAUCCCUACCUCAUCACUCUGCCUCGUGGCUUCAAUGUGUGUAGGCUGCAGUACCUCUGUGGAGGGUGUUUUGCCCGGCGCCGGUCGUUGCAGCAUGGUGCCAAUAUCCCUGCACUCUGCCGCUGUGUGUGGUUUUUGGGACCGACGUCCCAUUGCUGGCAUUUGAUGUGGGGAUGAGGUGUCUGGGAGUUGCAGGCUGUGUCCCACUCUGCCGGUUGCGAGUAGGUCGUCCUGGCUGUAGGCUGGCGUUGCGCAGUAGGCCCCAGACCUGCGUUUUAUUUUUGCCUGUCUGGGCGGCUGGAAGAACGGCAUCGACGGAUGCAGGAACUCUCGGUGAGGUAGGUCGGCCGGGUUGCGUCGCCUUAUGGGGUAGGAUGCCCGCGAUUUUCGGUGGGUUUUAGGCGAAUUGCGGGGAGCUGGCUGAGAUGGCGUCUACCCUCGUUGGCCGCAAGCUCCGCCCCCUGCCCAUUUGAACUUUAAGAGGUAGUUGAUAGUUUGUUCAGCAACAUGCAGAAUGUAUCCAAGCAUCUACAGGUUUUCAGGUCAUGGUAAAAAAAAUACCCUUUAAAGUGAAAGUGUAUCCAUAUAUGAGAAGUGAUGUUAAAGUUCUUUAAAUUGUUAUCUAAAAUAGCACUUCUCCCAGUGCUGUAAAACUUCAUGUUAGGAAUUGAAUAUGUGUUCCAUCCAUCGUUUUGUUCUAAACGUCCAGUUGAUGACUCUAUGGCUAACAGGUAUAAAGUUCAAUUCGGGAAAGUUAGGUAAUUGCUUUUGUUUGGCAUACCACUUUUCAUUGCAAUGUUUGUGACCUUUCACAAGUCACGUAGAGAUUAAAUAAUAUAUUGAGCCAUAAUGCAUUUUAAUAAUUAUUAUAUUAAAAUGCAAUGUUUAGUUUAACAUUUAUGCUCUGCUUAAACUAAUAGAAUUUCCUGUUCUACCGUAGUCUGGAGGUGCAACAAUUACACUCACAUGAAGCUAUAAUAUUGAUAGUGAACACGUUUAGAUAAAAUCUCCAGCUAUGCAUUUUUCUACAUUUCCAUCUGCAGUCUUAAUUUGGGAGAAGAAUGUUUUUUACUUCCUUAAAUCAGGGAUUGGUGUUGGGGUUGAGGUAUGUAAUUGGGCUCCUGUGAUAUCAGCAUACCGCUUAACACCCAUAUGCAAAUACAUUGAAACUGCUUCAAACUAGUAUUAUUUUCACUUUUGUAUUUUUAUUAUUACUACAAUAAAUCUAUAAAAUAAAUUAAAAGACCACUAUAGGCACCCAGACCACUUCAGCUUAAUGAAGUGGUCUGGGUGCCAGGUCCAGCUAGGAUUAACCCUUUUUGCAGUAAACAUAGCAGUUUCAGAGAAACUGCUAUGUUUAUCUAUGGGUUAAUCCAGCCUCUAGUGGCUAUUUCAUUGACAGACGUUAGAGGCGCUUCCGCGCUUCUCAUUGUGAUUUUCACAGUGAGAAGACGCCAGCGUCAAUGCUUUCCUAUGGUCUGGCUGAAUGCGCGCGCGGCUCUUGCCACCCAUGCACAUUCAGCCAGGGACGUCAGAAGAGGGAGGAGAGUCCCAGCACUGGAAAAAAGGUAAGGGAUUAACCCCUUCCUCCCCCUUCAGCGCCAUGGGAGGGGGACCCUGAGGGUGGGUGUACCCUCGGGGCACUAUAGUGUCAGGAAAACGAGUGUGUUUUUCUGGCACUAUAGUGGUCCUUUAAGAACACUCAAAUUCCCACAGUGGCAUGCAGGAUAAUAAUCUGUUCAAAUGUAGAAAUAGUUACUGUUGGAAUCCCCUAUUCCCAGCAGCCUUUUUCACAGUUGUUUCUGAAUGUUUACACAUAAUGCAGGUACAAAAUGGCUGCCUCCAAACCUGAACAUUUCUUAACUUUUUCUAAUGCAUUUUCUAAUGCAAGAUUACAUGGGGUACAGGCAGGUUCUUGUACUGUAACCAAGUUCCCAUUAUUUUUGCUUAGUCCGUUUCUACAAAUAAAUUACAUUUUGUGGGCUUAGAAGACAGUUUACAGUUCAGCAUGUACUGGAUUCUGUAUGUUCUAAUAAAGGGACACUAUAGUCACCUGAACAACUUUAGCUUAAUGAGGCAGUUUUGGUGUAUAGAACAUGCCCCUGCAGCCUCACUGCUCAAUCCUCUGCCAUUUAGGAGUUAAAUCCCUUUGUUUAUGAACCCUAGUCACACCUCCCUACAUGUGACUUGUACAGCCUUCCAUAAACACAUCCUGUAAAGAGAGCCCUAUUUAGGCUUUCUUUAUUGCAGGUUCUGUUUAAUUAAGAUUUUCUUAACCCCUGCUAUGUUAAUAGCUUGCUAGACCCUGCAAGAGCCUCCUGUAUGUGAUUAAAGUUCAAUUUAGAAAUUGAGAUACAAUUAUGUAAGGUAAAUUACAUCUGUUUGAAAGUGAAACCAGUUUUUUUUUCCAUGCAGGCUCUGUCAAUCAUAGCCAGGGGAGGUGUGGCUAGGGCUGCAUAAACAGAAACAAAGUGAUUUAACUCCUAAAUGACAGUGAAUUGAGCAGUGAAAUUGCAGGGGAAUGAUCUAUACACUAAAACUGCUUUAUUUAGCUAAAGUAAUUUAGGUGACUAUAGUGUUCCUUUAAUUGAUCACAGCAAGUUUUUUUUUAUAAUGUUGGUAUGUUUAGGUGAGUGCAGUCCUCUUGCUCCAUUUAUCUUGUAUAAUGACAUUCUUGUAGUUUGAUUUAAUAAAGAUAAUACUCAUCAGUCUGUUUGCUGCAUGAAAAACAUUUCAGAAUGCAGGUCCACUUCUAUGGUAUAAACAGAAGUAACUUAAGUGAAAGUAGAAAAAAAAAUCAUAUAUACUGUACAAAUGGAAUUGCUAGCAAAUGUACAGAUUUUUAAAUAAAUCUUUGGUAAAAAUGUGGCCCCUUCCACAACUGUCAAUCAGUUGUUAACAUAGACCUCUGAGUGACUGGGGAGAGCAGGAGAACCCUCCUGCAGUCAGUUUUACUGCCUUUAGUCAUAAUUCUAUUUCCUGUGAGAUGUGCUUACUUGGGGGAUAUAAAAAUGGAGUGAUACAUGUCACCCAGUUCUGAUACCUUAAUAAAGCUAGCAUGUCAGGAUAAUGGAGAAAGAUUGUCCUGCUUAGGCGGUAAAGGAAAGCUGGAGAGGUGGUACGUAUUGCCUAAACAGCUCAUAAAACAAUUUUGUAUGUCAUUUAGGGGCUGUUAUAAGUUAAGAAACUAUGUCUUGAAAGAUUCAAUGUAAUCUGCAUUGUGAGUACCGAAUAAAAAAAUUAACCAGAUUAGACCACUUGUACUUAAUGGGUUUGCUUGGUACAACCCUGGAUACAUGAAUUAAAACAUGACUUUGUUUAAGACUGAUGUACAGUAUUGCAGUUUUGAAUCCUUGUAUAGUGAUUGUCUCUGUCUGUUGUGCCUUAAGGGAUGGACAGGUGAGUACAAACCAAUUACUAGAGUUCAUUCCCUCCUAUGGUGUGAAUUUACCGGAAGAUGAUUCAUUCACUGAGCAUGUAGUAUCCCUCGUUCUAUGUGAAACAUCAUGGUUUGGUGAAGCAAAUCAUGAUUUAAUUCACAGAUCCUGCAGAUAAUAGGUUUUGACCAACUGCCCCUUUAACCCCUUAAGGACACAUGACAUGUGUCACAUGUCAUGAUUCCCUUUUAUUCCAGAAGUUUGGUCCUUAAGGGGUUAAAUGGAGAUUGCAAAAUUUCACAACUGUUAGCUCUUACUCUAUAUUCAAACUAUAUACACACUAAAAAAAAAAAAAGUAUACUAUUUAUUUAUUUAUUUCUUUGUAAGUGCAAUGAGAACAAUACUUGACAGGUUGAGACAUGUCAUCACAAACAUACAUGGUACAGCAAAAUAAAUAUACAGUACAUGUCAAGAAUAGUGAACACUUUUUAAAACUUUUUGUAAUGUUCAUCCUGCUAGUGAAUAAUAGAAUAUAAAAAAAAUAAAAUAAGCCAGUGUUCUUGUAAGAACCAAUGUGUGACAAUAGCACGUAAAUAAAACUGUGCGAGCAGCUCAAAAACUCACAUGAAGGGAUACCUUCUUUCCCUCACCCUCACACAAAAAACUAUAAUAAUGUAUAUAUAAUCAAUCUCUUAUAUAACAAAGUGUGGAGCGAUCCACCAAAAACAAUACUAUGCAUAUGAGUGAUAUAGGGGAAUAUGCUUACCCCUUCCUUAUGUAGAGAUAAAUACAAAUCUCAAAACAGGUAGAAUGGGCGAUUUAGUACUCUCAAGUAACCCAGAGCCUUAGGUCCAUGGCUCUGAGGAUAAAUAGUCUGGUGUCUGUUGUAAGGUGACAUUAUCCACUGUGCAAGCUGAAACUGGAUAAAAAUUGUAGGACUAUAUAAAGUGAUAAAGCAGUUUUUAUUAAAAUAUUAAAAACAAUCAAAAUAAUGAAAUGCUAAAAACAACAAUAAUAUAACAAUAUAUUGCACUUAACAGAAAUAUAGUCCUGCUGAGAAGCGUUUCGCCUAAAAGGCUUUCUCAAUUAAUGUUAUGUUAGAUGCUAAACUGUCUUCUGUCCUAGUCCCACCCCUUGUCUUCCCUUUCAAAAAGUAUGUACUUGAUAAAACCAUUUUGCUGAAUGCUUUACAUCUGUUGGAAAUCAAUGACAAGCAGCAAAUGUUUGUCAUUCAUGGGUAACUUCAUUUCAUUGUACAAAUAAUUCAGAAGGGACAUGAUAGCCAGACAGAGGGUUUGUUCCCUCGCAAAGGCUUCUAAAAAGCUGCUGCAUUGGAUUAUAGUACAGCGCUACGGAAUUUGCUGGCGCUAUAUCAAUAAUAAAAUAAUAUAUGUGAACGGUGGUGCACACUUACCAUUGAGAAAGUAUUGGGCACAUAUGUAUGUAUUUGUCACAUAUAUGUCAACUUGCUUAUGUAUUUCAUUGAAAGCAAAAUGUAACCAGGGUUAGAAAAGAUCUUAGUCAUUGAGUACCAUUAGCAGACAUUCCUGGAAGAGAAUUGGAUUGCUGUGAAAGUGGGCCAUUCUGAGAUCUAUAUCUAUAAUUCCUUUAGAUGCAUUUUCAUGUUUUCGUAUGCAUAUCUGUAUAAUGUUUACAAAUGGGUGCUAUGUCCACCCUGGAGUGUACCUUUAAUAUGCUUACAUUAUUCUUUUCUACCAGAGGUUUAAAAAAAUAAUAAAAAAAAAUAAUAAUAUUGCAAUUUCAAGUGAAAACAUUUAUCAAACUUAACUAUGAUCAUAACUCUUUUUUUCUUUUCCAGAUGAUAUAGUUAAUUACCAAUGCAUACCUUACGACUGGUUGCUCAAUUUCUGUACACAAUGCUUCACAUAUAAUAAACAUUUAUAUAUAUAUAUAUAUAUAUAUAUAUAUAUAUAUAUAUAUAUCAUUUUUUUUUUUUUUAAAGAACAAAUGUUUUGAAACAAAGCUGUAUUUAAUAUUAUUGGUUUACAGAACUAUUUGAAAAGAAACAAAAAACUAAAUAUGUUGUACCCUUUUAUCCCCCAUCCAUUUAUCCAUCCAUCCAAACACUUUGAUGACUGAAAUCAUCUAAAAAGCUAAUUGAUUAAAGGACCAAUAUAGGCACCCAUACCACUUCAUACACAUAUAGAUUCACAUACAUAUAUGUUUGUGUUCAGUGAAGUCUCCCGAGUACAACAGUACCCCCUCAUGUACAGGUUUUAUGGUGUUUUCAAAAGUUACAGCGUCAAAUAUAAGGCGUGCAUUUCAUUUUUUUCACAUUAAAAUUCGCCAGAUUGGUUACGGUGCCUUUGAGACCCUAUGGUAGCCCAAGAAUGAAAAUUACCCCUAUGAUGGCAUACCAUUUGCAAUAGUAGACAACCCAAGGUAUUGCAAACGGGGUAUAUCCAGUCUUUUUUAGUAGCCACUUAGUCACAAACACUGGCCAAAACUGGCAUAUUUUGCAUUUUUCACACAAACAAAUACUAACGCUAACUUUGGCCAGUGUUUGUGACCAAAUGGCUACUAAAAAAGAAUGGACAUACCCAUUAUGGGUGUAAAUUUCAUUCCUGGGCUACUAUAAAGUCCCAAAGGCAACGUUACCAAUCUGGCGAAUUUCAAUUUCAAAUGUAACGUGCUAUAUUUGACCCUGUAACUUCCCAAAACGCUAUAAAACCUGUACAUAGGGGAUACUGUUUUACACGUGAGACUUUGCUGAAUCCAAAUAUGUGUAUUUUAUUGCAGUAAAUGCAGACAGUAUUAUGACAUUGACAGUUAAAAUGUCAUGUAGAACUAAAAAAAUAAAAAAAAUCUUAUUUUCUCCAAUUUAUUUCAUAUUAAAUUAUGUUUCAUAGCUAAAUAUUUGAUAUUAAAUGAAAGCCCUGUUUCCCCUUUUGUAAAACAGAACAAUUUUAAGUGGUUUUCAUUAAAGGACCAUUCUAGGCACCCAGACCACUUCAGCUUAAUGAAGUGGUCUGGGUGCCAGGUCCAGCUAGGUUUAACCCAUUUUUUCAUAAACAUAACAGUUUCAGAGAAACUGCUAUGUUUAUGAAUGGGUUAAGCCUUCCCCUAUUUCCUCUAGUGGCUGUCUCAUUGACAGCCACUAGAGGCGCUUGCGUGCUUUUCACUGUGAUUUUCACAGUGAGAGCACGCCAGCGUCCAUAGGAAAGCAUUAUGAAUGCUUUCCUAUGUGACCGGCUGAAUGCGCGCGCAGCUCUUGCCGCGCGUGCGCAUUCAGCCCAGGAGAAGGAUCGGAGGAGGAGAGCUCCCCGCCCAGCGCUGGAAAAAGGUAAGUUUUAACCCCUUUCCCCCUUCCAGAGCCGGGCGGGAGGGGGUCCCUGAGGGUGGGGGCACCCUCAGGGCACUAUAGUGCCAGGAAAACGAGUGUUUUCCUGGCACUAUAGUGGUACUUUAAUUAAAGGGACACUAUAGUCACCUGAUCAACUUUAGCUUAAUGAAGCAGUUUUGGUGUAUAAAACAUGCCCCUGCAGCCUCACUGCUCAAUCCUCUGCCAUUUAGGAGUUAAAUCCCUUUGUUUAUGAACUCUAGUCACACCUCCCUGCAUGUGACUUGCACAGCCUUCCAUAAACACUUCCUGUAAAGAGAGCCCUUUUUAGGCUUUCUUUAUGGCAAGUUCUGUUUAAUUAAGAUUUUCUUAUCCUCUGCUAUGUGAAUAGCUUGCUAGACCAUGCAAGAGCCUCCUGUAUGUGAUUAAAGUUCAAUUUAGAGAUUGAGAUACAAUUAUUUAAGGUAAAUUACAUCUGUUUGAAAGUGAAACCAGUUUUUUUUUUCAUGCAGGCUCUGUCCAUCAUAGCCAGGGGAGGUGUGGCUAGGGCUGCAUAAACAGAAACAAAGUGAUUUAACUCCUAAAUGACAGUGAAUUGAGCAGGGGAAUUGCAGGGGAAUGAUCUAUACACUAAAACUGCUCUAUUUAACUAACGUAAUUUAGGUGACUAUAGUGUUCCUUUAACCAAUGGCUACAUAAUAAUUUUAAUGCCUGAAACUUAGUAAACACAUCAUUUGUUGAUAUGGUAAUUAUUUUGACUUCGAAAUGAAUUUAAAUUUUAGGCCAAAAUGUGAAGAUGUAAACAAUUCACUAAAUUUCCAGCUGUGGCCUACAUUUUUAAAUUCACUUUAAAUUGCCAUCAUUUUAUACUUUUGUAUAAAUGUUUUUAUACAAAAGUAUAAAUGUUGGUCUAAUGUUUUUAUUAUGUUCUUUUAUUAGAACUUUUGGUAUUCUAUAGAAAUAAAAUAUGCUUUUUCAUUUACUAUUCUAUUUCUAUAUAUUCAUUAGCUUGAUCAUUGAGAGGCCAUCAAAUACCUGAAAUUCACAGUAUUUCUGGUUAUAGUCGAUAGAAUUGUGUCCAUGUACUGGCUUCUUAAAUCGUCAAGCUGACUCCUCAAAUUAUUAAUCUUGAUUCUAAAUACCACACACAUUUGUCAGCCUUGUUUUACUGCAUUAAUACGCAACCUAUGUCUUUCCCCCUGAGAUGAAGAAUCGUAGGGAGGUCUUAAAUACUGAGUAUGGAUGCCAGAAUCUGAAAAGAUCUCUCCAGUCCAGAACAUGCUCAUACAGUCUGAAUGAGAGCUUUGACUCCUUGCAAUUUCUAUUGUGAUACACAUUAGAGGAUGCAUGCAGAUGAGGCCUUUGUUGGUGCAAUGCACCUCAUCCAUUACCCUUAGGCUGACUGUGAGCAAGAGAAGAGGGAAUCUAUUGAAAGGCACCAUGACAGAGCCUGCUGUUCUCCUGAACUUUGUGUGAACCAGGUCUAACAGCAGGUUUCCUGCAUGUGCUAGAGGGACAGCAUUUGGUGACGAAGCUUCAAAUUGUUCUUUAAAUUCUAUGUGAUUCCCACAAGGAAUUACCUGUAAUUUCAUAUAAUAAACACAUUUGUCUGUUUGCUGUCAGAUGCAUUAUUUAGUUUUCUUGCUAAGAUGACAUUUUAUUAUUCCAACUAUUUGUAUUCGUUUUUUAGGAGGGUUUAAAAUAUAUAUAUAUAUAUAUAUAUAUAUAUAUAUAUAUAUAUAUAUAUAUCUUUUUUUUUUUUUUUGUGUGUGUGUGUGUAGCAAGAUAACAAGUUUCCCAUGCUAAGCACCAUAAUCACCACAGCUUGCGGACCCCUGUCACCAUCCAAGGUUAAUCUGUCAAACCGUUUAUGAACAGUUUCACACUUAUCUUGCUGUGUCAAGUGCCCGCAGUCCUCCCAAGCUGAGUUAAUCUGAUAAAGCGGAAGUUUAUAUUUCUGAGUUAUUACAUAAUUUAGGUUUAAGUAGCACUCAUUGGCUGAGAGCAGUCAGCUGACAUGCUCACACAAUGAAUGCUGUUUAAACCUGGUAUGAGUUGGUAUGCUAAUUGUGAAGUACAAACUUAAUUUAUCAGAACAACUUUGCUGGGAAGGGGCACGGGCUCCCACACAGCAAAUUAAGUAUGGCAAUGUUUGUAAAUGGUUUGAAGAAGUACUGCCAGAUGGGGCCUGGGAACUCCAGGCACCAUAACAACUACAGAUCUCUGUAUUGGUUAUGGUGCUUAAAGUGUCCCUUCCAUUAAAUAAUGGCAGUUAGAUGUGGUAGAAACAGUAGUGGCAAAUACAAUGACAAAUCCAAGCAUUCAUAUAAACUAUAUAAAGUAUGAUAAAGAAAAACAGGUAUCUUCAUGUAUAGAAACUAGACGACUGUAUGCUCAGUUUGGAUGAUUUUGCAAUUAUUAUAAUUUAUUUAUUGGACUUCUUUCCAGAUUGUGUACACUAUAUACACACAAUAUUAAUACUAACUCUGAAUGCAGUGCUUGACUCACAGAUUGUGACAGUCCUGUCAGUAAAGUGUCAUUAAAGUGUGUAUCUGCUCAUAUGUAUAUAUGUGUGUAUGUGUAUAUAUCUCAAAAUAACAAAUUAAUUGGCGUUUCAAUGCCCUCUCUCUGCUUUAAUACGUUGGUUAUUAAUGUGGUAUGUUUGUUCCCCAGGAAAAGUUCCAUUUAUUCAUGUUGGAAACCAAGUUGUAUCUGAACUGGGUCCCAUAGUUCAGUUUGUAAAAGCCAAGGUAAGUUAGGUAAUUCGGGAUGUACACUAUACCCUAAUAUUCGGAACAGUUCAACCAUUGUUAAGUUCCUGCAGUCUAUGCUGCUACAGUGGGAAAAUUGUGCCAUUUUUGCUCCAUUGGGCAAAAUAAUUCACUAUAGUAAAGGGAUGCUCCCACCUGGAGAUUAAUGCCUUUUAUAUCAUACAUAAUGAAGUGGCUAUCCUCUCAGCCAAUCCUGGUCCUCCUGAUUAUUUUAAUGGAAACAUUGUAUGCACUGCAUAGCAGAGAUGUAUUAUAAUAAUGGUAAUAUGAUGUGCAUACAGCAGCUUGUGGAUUUACCUGUCCAGCUAUUAAUACUUUAGCACUCUUUUGAUUUUUUGUUUUGUUUACUGGAAUCAUGGGGAAUGCAUUUGUACAACAUCUGAAGGUAUAUUUCACUUUAACAGAAUAGUGAGCUUCAUGAUAACAAUUCGAAUAAAUGUAUCAUGAAAAGCAUAGCAAUGUACCCCAUGUUGUAAUCCAGCAUUUAGCUUCUAACCCAUGUGGACACAAUGGAUACAUUAUACUGUAACUCCAAUUGUUUUCUGUUUGAGAAUGAUGCAAAUUAUAGCCUAGAACAGGCAUAGGCAAUCUUUGGCACCCCAGAUGUUUUGUACUACACCUCCACAUAUUGCUUUGCCAGCAUUAUGGGUGUAAGGGCAUUAUGGGGGUGUAGUCCACAACUACUGGAGUACUGAAGGUUGCAUACCCCUGGCCUACAACAUCCUCUGUGCAGAUCCCUCUAAUGCUGCUUCUCCUUCAAAAUGGCCCUAUUAUAAGCCAUACUGUUAUAAACCAUACUGUAACAAUGCUACAGUCUUGUGAAACAACUUUAAAGUUACACUAUAGCAUCAUGAAUACAAACAUGACAACAGACUAUAUGUCACCCCUGCAAGGAUUAAAAUAAUAAAUGUACUUGCCUUAUAUCUUGCGGCACACUGGUCUUGCUGCAGUUUGUGCUCCCCCUUGGCUGAGAUCAUCAAUCUUCAUUAUCUCAGCCAAUCCAAUGCUUCCUCAUAGCUAAUGCGCAUGUGCGAGAAAUCACAGCGCUACACCAAUUAAAUGUUCUCUAGGAGCAGCACUUGAUAGAGAACCGAGUUUGACUUUGAUCUCAACGUGGAAGUGCCUCUAAUGGAUAUCAGGAAGACAGCCACUAGUGGUGUGUUAACGCUGCAGUCAUAACAUUGGCGUAGCUACUAAACGGCAGUGUUUUUGAUGCAGGUUUAAAACUAAAGCGCCACUGCACCCAGACUACUUCAUUGAGCUGAAGUAUCCUGGGUGUCUUUAGUGGUCCUUUAAAACAUAUUUUUUUUUUUUUUUAUAAAGUUGUUUUGAUGGAUAUGCAUGGUAGGAGAACUUGUCACUUGAGACCUCAGGAUGAAAUAAUUAAAUAAUAAUCCUCUUGUCAUAGUCAUGUUUCACACUUGUGUUCUGUAUUUUCCAAUAGGGUAAUUCACUCAGCGAUGGUUUGGAUGAGGUUCAAAAAGCAGAAAUGAAGGCCUAUAUGGAACUGGUCAAUAAUAUGCUUUUGACUGCAGAGGUACAGUAUGUUAUAGUAAAGCAUGGGGCAGUUCAUGUUCAUUCAUAAAACAAUAAAUGUAAAAGGCAAUAUUUUUGGUCUAAGUCUUCUUGGUAUUCUCUUUUCUGCUGGAAGACUUUUUACGUCUCUCCCCUGGGAUUUGCGUAGACAGGGAUUUUCCAUCCUAAGGGAGCAGUGCUCCUGCUUCAGGCACAGACUUCUUUCUCUCUAUACUGUACUCCUUUAAUGUCCUUGUGUAGCUAUGUGAAACAUUGUGCCAGAAUAUAGGUUCUGCUUCAUUAAGUCACAAAAGGAAUGUAAAGGAACGCACUGUAGGCAUGUGCCAGCAGUAGUGCAGUAACUACUUGCUCACUAGAUCACUUGGGAAGAUAGACAAAGGUUAAGAGCAAAGCGUUGUAUAACCUCUUGUCAUGUGGAACCAAACCUCUCUUUGUUUACUUGAGUUCCGCCAUUGGAAAAUGUGUUCGAAAAUGUAUUUUUUGCCUACUUUAUAGGUGUUCCAGUGAGGUUUGUUAAAAUGCUGCAUUGUCAUUGAACGAUGCAAAAUCCAACUUAUCACAGUGUGGUGAAUGGUCAGAGGAUGUAGGGGUAUAUAAAUGGCUUCUUUUUCUGGAUAGGCACCGUACUGAUGUAAUCACUGGACAGAAUGGAUCUUUGUGUGCAGCCAUUAUUUUCCCUCGGUAAAUCAUUACUGCAGGCUUGGUUUGAUCCAUUCUUUUUAAUGUGUUGAUGAUUCAGUAAAAUAUAUACAAGUAAGUGUUUAUAAAAAAUAAUAAUAAAAAAAGCAUUUUCGGCAAGCUAUUGCCAAAUAAGGAAAUUAUAUACCUACCUUCUUCUCCCCCAAAAUUCUUUCUAAAAAAUGCAUUUUAUAAAAAUAAAAAAUCGGGUUAAAAAAACUCAUAAAGAUAGUUCUUGAAUUUCCUUGAAAUUCCAGCCCAGUCAAAAGUUAUCACAAAACAAAAACAAAAAGUUGAGUAAACUUUGUGUAGCUCUCAACUAUCACUAGUGACAACAGAGGUGAAAAAGCAUCUGCAAUGGAGGAUCCCGUGACCUUGUGGGACACUCCAAAGACAUUAGUGUUGUUUUCUGACGCAAGCGCAAGAUUACAGCACUGACAUUGGCUCCUGGCAGAUGAACUGCCAGGAACUGAAGACGUCCUAGCAGAUGAUGAUGGCGACAGCCAUGAUGGACCGGUUCGGGUGCAUAUAAAGCCCACCUUUUCUUGCACCCAAUAGCCACCUCGCUGCAAGCAGCAUAGCCAACAUCUGUGGUCUUUUGCAAAAUAUGCAAAGACCCCAGAAGGUAACAGUCGCUUUAACUUUUUAUAUCACUGCUGAGCUUAUUCUGUAAGCAGUGGUUUAUGGAAACAGCAAUGAUCAUUGGGUGCUGUAGUUCAUUUGUCAGCAUUCUUAUACAAAAAGCUUCCAGUUACAAGUCCCAUAAACUGAGAUUAUGAUAUCUUUUAUAGAAGUGUUUUUGGAGCAAAUAGGUGAAACACCUCGGAGGGUAGGACUUAUGGAGCAAAACUUAUUUAUUUAUUUAUUUUAAACUAGUGAUCAAUACAAAACAUUAAAAAAACACCUAGCACAUUUAAUUGGAAUCUAACCUACACAUUGCACCAAAUGUCGUUGUUGAUAUUAUGGGGCAAGGUCCAGAAAAGGUGGCGGUGAGGGGAAUGCAGAGGGCCACAUGGAGAUCUUGUGGCAUUAAAGAUGCAUUCCUGAUUACAGCCUGGUUCAAGACUUCCCAUUUCAAAUGCACUAUCUGAAGGGAUACAAGCAUAUAUUGUUGCACAUGCAUGUGAGCUCAAUGAUAAUUGUACUGUUCUGAAGAUUUCUAACAAUAUUUGGCUUUGUGUAUUAAAUAAAGAAAAGAAAACAUUUAUAGUGGAAAGCGUUUUUGUACCUUACAUGUUAUAUAUUCUAAUAUUUAAUCUGUGAACCAUCAAGCAUUUUAAUGCUAUUUAAAUAUUUGGCUUGUUUUUUUUUUCUGACAUGGAAGAAGCCUGCUUGUUUCUGCCGGUUUUAUAUAUAAUGCUGUGUAAAUAUAAAUGACAAAAACAAACAGAUAUUUUGCAGACAUGGAAUUGCUUGUUUAAUAUGAUAUUUUUUCCCAGUGAAAGCCUAGUCAUACAUUCAAGUAAACAUACCCCCAAGCCCCUUAUUUUUCUGUUUAGCAAAAUGUAUAUUAUCUUUUUAUUUUCUUGCAGUUAUAUAUUCAGUGGUGUGAUGAAGCUACACUAGAGGAGGUGAGUGGCUCGGAAGCAUUUAUCUUGGUUAAAUUUUAAUGAGAAAACACUUUUGCUCACAAUUGUAGGUCCCUCUUCAUAAAUGAAACAUUGAGCUUUAUACCAUUAGUUGAUACUGUUUAGUUUUUUUUUUUUUUUCUUCUCAGUAUCUUUCUGCUGGCAUAUACAUUUUUGUGUAUGUCUGGAAAUAUUUAAUAUAGCUGUUGGCAAUUUUCGAUGUAAGAAAUAAUAAGAAAUAAUAUUUUAAGAAAAUAUUUACUGAUGCCAUCUCUGCAUUUCUUUCUGGAAAGUAUAAUUUUUGACUAUUACUAUUAAUCAAAUCAUUUUUAGUGAAGCAAAUAGAAGAAGAUAUCUCCAGGCACUCAGGAUGUUAAAGUUGCAGGCAGAUUUAUUGAAACAGAAAGGACAGCAACGCUUGGACCUGUCAAGCUUGUUAGGUCGAAACGUUGCUGUCCUUUCUGUUUCAGUAAACCUGCCUGCGGCUUUAACAUGCUGAGUGCCUGGAGAUUUUUCUCCUAUUUGCUUUGCUGUUGUGGGAUUGCUGGUCCUGCUUCGGAGCACCGGGUGGCUGCUUAGGGAUUGAGUGCGGUUCCUACCUACACUUCUGCAAAUCAUUUUUAGUGGUGACGAUUGUUGUACUCCAUUACAGAUUACUCAGCCCCGGUACAGUUCCCCCUAUUCAUGGCCUCUAAACUACGUUCUAGUUCUCCAAAAGAAAUGGGAAAUAAAACGCAAGAUGAAAGCCAUUGGCUGGGCUGGAAAGACUCUAGACCAGGUUAGUAAAUUGGAAUGGUUAAAUAAAUAAAAAAAAUUCUAAGUAUAUUGUAUUUCACUGAUGACUGUAGAACAUUAGAAUGUGAUCAUAAGUAGUCUCAAAAAUGACAGAAUAUGAUUUGUAGAUGCAAGUACAAAGGAACACAUUGACAAUGUUUCUGUUCUUCGUUUUAGAUAAGGCAUUAAAAAGUAAUUUCUCUUCCUAAAAUAAAAGCUUAAAAAUGUUUGUCUAGUCAUACAUGGGUUAGAAUAGCAUUAUACAAGUAUAUACUGGACCAAUUCAAAUAGCCAGUUCAUUCCCUGAUGGCCAGCUCCCGACUGAUUCCUCUCUUGCAACUGUCAUUAGUCUAAUACCAUCCUUACCCUUUGUGUCACUUUACCCCCCUCCCUCUAGCAUGUAAGCUCAUUGAGCAGGGCCCUCAACCCCUCUGUCCCUGUGUGUCCAACUUGUCUGGUUACAACUACAUGUCUGUUUGUCCACCCAUUGUAAAGUGCUGCGGAAUUUGUUGGCGCCAUAUAAAUAAUAUCAUAAUAGUAAUAAUUGUACAAAGGACAAGAAUGGAGAUUUGUGGAAAAUAAAAUCCUCCUAUAGUAUUUGAAAUGGUUCUGUAUUAUAAGACUGAUAAAGGUAGGCUAUUCACUGUCCAUUAAAAGAACACUGUAGUGUUAAACUAAUUAUUUAUAUUAUAUUAUUUGUAUAUGAAUGCGUGUGAGUCUAUGCGUGUACAUGAAUGUUUGUGUUUAUGCAGGGCCGGUGCAAGGAUUUCUGCCGCCCUAGGCAAAAAAAAUGUUGCCGCCCCAUUCGUUCCACCCACUCAUGCAGACUUACAUACAUUGACCCAUACACCUACACUCUCACCCAUACAAACACACACACACACACUGACCCACACACAUACACAUACGCUCACACUGACCCCCUCCACACACACACUGACCCAUGCAGACACACGCUGAGCUAUACACAGACCGAUACGUACACACACACUGACCCAUGCACACCUAUACAUACAUACACAUACACACACAGACCCAAGCAGACUGACAUACACAAACAUACUGACUGAAACAUACUGACACACAUUCUAUGAAACACAUUGUUCAUUCUCUCUUAACUUUGUUGCACUUUGCUCUUCAUCCCUGUCUUUACUACGGCCGACCCUUUUUGCCCAAGCCCUAUUUCCUGUUAUACUCCCGUCCCCUUAUCCCCAAGUACAGGGAAAGUGGCGGGAGCAAGCGAAUGACACGCCCUUGCGCUGCAGCGGUGCUUGAGUGGGAGAGGGGUCCUGAUUUAGCAGGCUGUGGUGAAUGCUGGACCGAUGUUCUACUGGGUGCUUGUCUACAAGUAAGUACUCCCUAGCUCCCGGUAAUACGGCCCGCUAUAUAUAAUCAAUCCCACUUGAUAGGGGGGCAGCCAGACAAGCAGUAAAGCCACUGCUGACGCCCCCCUAAGUAGGCGCCUACUUAGCCUAUAGGAUGCGCCGACCCUGUGUUUGUGUCUGUGGAUAUCAAUGUGUGUGUGCAUGAAUGUAAGUGUGUGCAUAUGAUUGUGUAUGUAUAUGAAUCUCAAUUUGUGUGUAUGAAAGUAUGUGUGUGUGUGUUAUUUCCCCAGCAAAAAAGGAUUGAGGUGGUGCAGAUAAAGACCCUAAAUUUCUUUUUUUUUUGUACAGUUUAAGUGGGUUGUUGCCAGAUGCCAGGUAACACAAGUACGCCUCUGGGUGGAGGUAUUUUAUCGAGAACUAAAAAUUAUAUCCACAUUGUGCUAGAAAAUGCAGUUUACCCUCAAAAUUAAACGUUCCUUCUAUUUGGCAUCUCCUGUAUGUUGUUUGCAAUGACAAAAUCCACACUUCACGGUUAUUUUGCAGCCAGCUGAAGGAGAACUAAGCAACAGUUCUUUAAGAUGAUAUGGGAAAAAGGAAUUCAGAGAUAUUGUUCAUUGGGUUUGUUGAUUUUUUUAUCUCUGAAAAAUUGUCAGAAUAGAUAUGUACAUGGCCAAAAUAGCUGACAUAUAGAUCUUGAAUAUAUAAUUCUCUGUACCAUUACCAACCUCUUCUCAUUCUGUCUGUGUGCCUUCUUUUCUCCUCCUUCCCUUCUUCCAUCUACUUCUUCCUCCCAUCUUCCUGCUGUAAUCUGCUCCUCACCGUCAUUCAGGUUCUCUCCCAUCUACCCUCUAUUUGUUCACUCUCCGUCCUUAAAAAAUCUCUUCCUUCUCUGCUCAUACUUUCUUUCCGUAAUCUACAUUUCAAAUUUCUCCCUAUCUCACUUACAUCUGCUGUUCCUCUUCCAAUUGGCACCGUUUCUUUAGCUCUGUCAUCGACUCUUUACUUUCUGCUCUCUUCUACCCUCUCCUUAUUCCUGAUUACCUAAUCUGUUUGUACAUCUGCUGUUCCCCAUCCAUCUACUCAUUUCUUAGUAUUUGGUCUUUCAUUCUCACUCCCGUCUAUUCCAUGCUAACCUCCUCCAUUUGUUCUGUCUUCUUCUUGUGUAUCUACUCUCUCUUCGCUUUUUGUGAGCCUUUUUCUCCAGAUCUUAUUUAGAUAGAAUAUUGCAGUUGUGAACAUCAAAAUUCAUACUGCUGGAAGGCUAUUCAGCAUCUCCUAAAAGUAAUUAUGUACAAAUUAUAUUUGAAUGUAAUUCUCAUUUGACAGUAUCUACUGUACCAGCCAGUAAUAGCUGACUCUCUUGUCUGAUUUUCCAAGGAUAUAAAACUCUAUAACAACAGGCAUUCCAAAUAUUUCCCAGCUAAUUAAGAGACCACACAUAAACAAAUCCUGCACUGUGUAGUUUUGCAAAUGGAAAAAUAUGUGCUUAAUUAUCCAGAUUACAUUUUUGAUCAUUAUCGAACAACAUGGUAAAAGAUGCACGCAUAUUUUAACAAAUUCCUCAACAAAUUCAGGAGAGCAUUGCACACACAUCAAAUUUUAUAUUUUCUUUUAUAUUUUUGCCAACUUGAGUUUCUCCUGCAAACACUGGGGGAGUUAUAUAAAUCUCGUGGAGAAAGAGAUGUUUUGUAAUUGGAAAAUAAGAGAGAAUGAAGACUUUGAUCAUUUUUUUUUUAAUCUGUUAUUUUAUUCUGGAUGAUCAUGGGACUAGAUACAUGUUCACCCCAGGACUAAAACUAUUACCAUUAUAUAUCAUGUAAUAAUCUUUAAAAUAGGUUGGCCUAUACGCUUACAGCUACUAAAAUAUGUCUGCUCUAGUGUGUAUGCCUGCAUUAAAAUGCAAGGCAUUGUGGGAUAUUACACUCCUCAUUUGAUGGUGGGACAGAUAUAUUUUCAUCUACUGUGGUCUUGAAGAUGGCUGAUGCAGUUCUAUCCGUAUGCAUAUCUAAUAAUCUAAACAUUGGCUGGCAAUUUUGUACAAUCUAUAGGCCCCUGAUGGCGUCCCUUGAUGAGACUAGCAGAGACGUGCAAGGGAAUAGGUUGCACGUUAAAUAGAUGAAAUUUUGGUUUUCAGCUGAUGCUUGCUUUUGUAUCUGAAAAUGUGGAUGGGAGGUCCUCUUUAAAUCACAUGUUGGUUUUUUUUAAGAUGUAUUGCAAUGCAGGACCUUUUGUAAUGAUCAUCUGUGGUACUAUCUGUUGUAGUUAGCACAUAAUUUUGUUUCAUCUGACAAAACGUGUGUGCAUAUCCUGUAUAAGUGUCCAUUAGAUUCUACAUACCCUGUUACGAUUCUGAUUGAGUUUUAAAGUCUCCAAUGGAUUCAGAAGGAACAUUAAAGUGGACCUUUUAUACGACAGCAUUUUGCUCAACCCAAUAGCUGACUCAAUUAGGACCUGGCUGUUGUGGCACAGAUUUUACGGUUCUUACUGAACAGCUAUGAUAGGGCACCCUAGACCAGGGGUAGACAACCUUCGCAGUCCAGAUUUUGUGGACUACAUCUCCUGUGAUGUUUUGCCAGUGUUAUAGUUGUAAGAACAUUAUUGGAGAUGUAGUUCACAAUGUCUGCAGUGCCGGAAGUUUCCUACCUAUGUCCUAUACUUUCAGCAAUAAAAUAGUAAAACAUUGCUGUAAAUUAUUAAAUGUAAGUGUUAAAUGAUCAGGAUAAGAGUGGGUAUAUAUUAUUGAAAAUAAUAUGUACUUUGCAAAACAAUGAUUCUCAUUCACAAAAUUUGAGCAGUUUUUGUGGUAUUGCUUAAACUUAAAAAAUUGCCUGACUUCAGCUUUCAGCCAGUUAUUAGUUUUAUCAGCUUGAAAAUCAGUAUGGAUAAAACAUCGGAGAGAAAUCGUCAGCUGUAUAAAAUUACGUUUUAUGUAAACCUAUUAUCCUUACAUGUAAUGUCAUUGCUAUCUCUCCUCUUUAUAUAAGCAGUUCUCCCUUCCAUGGAGAAGACCUCACUAUAACCCAUUGCUGUAUGCAGAUACAUUUUCUUUUUUCCCACAAAAUAUAUUUCACACCCCUAAAUUUAAUAUAAUAGCCUUUGCCUAGCAGUUUGUUAAAUGCAAUGUUGCAGCACAAGGAAGAUUGUUUUGAUUGUCAUAUCUGGGUCUUUUAAGCAUUUAAGGAAAUGGUAUGCUAGAACAAAGGAAGCAUGCAGAAGAUAUAGGGACUGCGAUGCUGUGGAAGAGAUGAUGGAAAUACAGUAAAUAGAUUUAAGAAUGUCUGUAAUACCCAAAUAUCAAACCAGUCUGUGUUUGCAAUUACAUUGAAAUGACGGUGAGAACACUAAAUAGUCUUUCUUUUUAUGUGCUGCCUGGUUCUAUCUAUCUCUCUAUGGUUACUGCUAAAAUAAUUCUUCUAACACUUUGCCAUGUAGAUUGCUCACAAAAAUACACAAUAGUACCCAUGUUUCUUGUUUUUAGGAGCAGCUGUGUAUAGUCUUGAUUUCUACCUGUAUGGUGUGAACAUGGGUUUUAAAUGAGGAUAAUUUAAGGCCAGAAAAGCCAAACUGAAAACAUUCUUCAAGUCCGCUACACUUCUAGCUUGGCUACCUUGGCCUUAAAUUUGAAUUCCCAACAAUUCUCACUUAGUGAAAAAUCCCGUAAGUGACUUACAUGGUUUGUUCUUCACUAUGUAACAUGUAAACUAUUCCCUUGCACGUCUCUGCUAGUCUCAUCCAGGGCUGCCAUCAUGAGGGUGAUAACCAACUGGUUGUCAUGGUUGGGACCCGGGACCCAUAUUACCUAUCUGUAGCGGUGGAACUGCAGCCGGUGCAGGUGCACUGGGGCCCGCACGCUGAUGGGGCACAUCGGGUGGCCCAUGCACUUAAAGCCACCCGAUGGGCAUGUGUCUUCUGGAGCCCGGUCAACUCUGCAGCCCUUUCAUAGCGCGACCGAGCCACUUUAAAGAUGGCAGCCACUGCCUUUGCUGGGUGGAAGUGACGGUGUAUUGUGUGUGUGUAUGUGUGUGUAUAUAUAUAUAUAUAUAUAUAUAUAUAUAUGUAUGUGUGUGUGUCACUGUGUCAUUGUGUUUGUGUGUGUGUGUAACAUGUAUCUGCAUUCAGUACACAUACAGUACACAUGCACUAACACACACCGUGUCCACUUCACACACACACUCUGUAUCCACUCUGCACACCUCCUUGGAGGUGGACCCUGAGAACGGGCAUGGAGGUGGCCACCCUGAUCUUGCUUGUUUUGUAUUUCUCAAUAUUCACUAAAUACAGUCUGCAAUGCAUUACUAAUUAUCUGUUAUCUUCUGAAAUGGCACCGUAUACAUGGUAAUAUUGUAUUUAACCCUUUCAGUACAAGAGAGGCUGCAUUAUGCAUCACUCUGGCGUGGCUUACUUUGGUUUGUUUUCUAAAUAUUACAUUAUAAUAAAUGUCAGUCCACCCAUUGUACAGCGCUACGGAGUCUGAUGGCGCUAUAUAAAUAAUAAAAUAAUAAUAAAUCUUAUUACAUAUGUGUUAAUAUGAAGUCUAGAGGUUUUUUCACAUCUUCUCUUCACAUGUUUCAAUAGGUGUAUGAAGAUGUCGACCAGUGCUGCCAGGCCCUGUCUCAAAGGUUGGGAAGCCAGCCCUAUUUCUUCAAUAAACAGUAAGUCACUGCAUUCAUAAUUUCUUAAUACAAUCAUAAACUUCAUUCUAAAUAGCUUUAUAUUUCCUUAUAAAUGUCCUCUAAUGGCAAUCAUAAAAUAGUACAUUACAGAUCUGCUGUUUUUCAGAACUCAAAUUGAUACAUAACUUACUUGUGUGUAUAUAUAUUUUUACGUUUUGUUUUCCUUAGUCAUUAUAAACAUGCAUAAACUGAAAACAUCUUUAAGGCCUUCUAUAUGGUAAAUGCAAUUUGAGCCCUUAUAGAGUGAGCCAGUGGACAGUAAUUAUUUUAUUUGUGUACAUUUCCAUACCAGAAAUUAAUAGCUAAACAUUCAUCUUGUGUUACUCCAUUCAGAAUUCAUUCUUAUCCCAAUUGUACAACGCUACAGAAUUUGCUGGCGCUAUAUAAAUAAUAAAAUAAUAAUAGUAUAGAAAAUGUCCAAAUAUACCCUCAGAGUUCUUCUGUUCUCUAUUGCUCUUUUCCUCAUUUGGCAGAGUGCCUGGUAAUAUUUUAAUUCUGUGCUGUGAAAUGAAUGGACUCAUGUACAAGAUAUCCAUGAUACAUAAAUCACAAUUGAAGGGCUGUUUGGAGGUUUUUUAUGGCUUCUGUUUUGAUCUAAAUUUAGCAUAUCCUCUUUACCUUCAUAAAUAUGCCCGUAUGGUACACAAAGGCCAAUAAGGGUUCUAAAUUGCCAUAAACCUAAUGUUUCGGAUAGUCUAAACUCUGCUUAUAGACACUGUAACUACAAUGCCAGAAUGGGUAGUACCAGAAGCUCUCGGAUGAUCUUGUAGACCUAUGAAAGGGUUGUUUGAAAUCUACUUCCCCAUCCAACAUUCUCAGAGUCCCAAAUAAUGACUGUUAAAAUCUAUUUCCUCCAUAUAGCCUAUGGAAAAAAAUGACACGUAAAAAUAUGUAUCACGUUUAUAAUGAAGAUUGUACACUUGAGACACAUACACUAGAAUUUAAUUAAUAGAAAGUGUUGCUUGGGUUUAGUCGCAUCUUCAUCUUUACAACUAUUCGUAUCAGUUAACCUUUUUUCCUCUCUCCUGUUAGCUGAUGAUAGGUGUCAGUUUGCAAAUGGUGAAUACUCAUUGCUCUACAACACUAACUUGACAACUGUGGCCUAUGGAUGACCAGGUCAGCACAUUCAUGGCUGUCAGGUGGAAGUGGUCUCAUUCAGAAAACCACUGUUCCUCUUUGAUUUUGCUGUGAUGUUUAUUACCAUUUGUUUAGACAUCAAAACAAAAGAAAUUCAACUAACUGCCACAACUACGUAGUAACUAUUCUCCCUGUCUAGGGAAUUUCAGACACAUGAAAAGCCCAGGAGGGAUGUCAUUAAGUGUUUGAAGUGCACUUUUUAAAGUAAGUUUUGUUAUGCACAAGAGCUUUAGGGGACAUUGGGACAAAUAGAGGAUUCUUGUACCUUGCCCCGAGAGCCAAAAAGAUGACAGUCAGCAUGUUUUUGUUACAGUUUCAUUCAUUGCCAUGUCAUGUUACAUAUUCCAUUCUAUGUUUUAGAACAGCAUGCAGGUCUUGCUUUAUUUAUUUUUAAAAUGUAUAUAUCCGCAUUUAUUAUGUAAAGAUCUCCUAUAAUUUGCACCCGAUUGAGCCCUAGCUCUAUGGCGAUAGAAUGUUCAAAUUAAUUCCUGACUUGAUAGUUAUGUAUUAUUAUUAAUAACAAUAAUAAUACUAUCAUUAUUCUGCAGCAUAUUCUGCAGCACUUUACAAUUAUAGACAGUGAAUAUAUCAGAGGUGAAGAAGGCCCCGCUCAACGAGCUCCAACAUAUAUAUUCUGAUUUCUAGCUAUAUAAAGAAAGACGCAAUGAAUUAUUUAUAAAACAUUAACAUGUUCUGUGGUGUUAUGGGAGAGAAGGAAAAAGGUAAACUUUAUUCUCAUGUUAUGCAUAAAAAUGAAGGUUCAGUUUUUACUAAUUCCUGCUACACCCAGGCAUCAUAUAGCAAGGGCGCCAUAUAUUUCAUUAUAUUUUUUACAUUUCUCUCUAAUUUGCAGAAAAGGUAAUAAAACAUUGGAAAAUUGCAGCCAAUCAGGACCCCAAAAUCGGGAUCAGCAACAUGACCAUAAUGUUUAUUUGCUGCACUAAGGCAUUUGACAUAAUGUUUAAGGGGCUCUAUCAGCACUAUAACUACUAUAGCUUGUAGUAGCUAUUGAUAGUACAAAGAGGUUACAGACUUGGUGCCAUGUUCUGUCCAUUUUGGUGUAGUUUGACAGAAAACAAGGUUUUCCACAACCACCCACAGCUCGCUUCCUCUUCAUCCACAUUGCCUAUGUUAAAUUUACACCUCCAUAUUGCCAAUAUUAAUUCAGUCCAACUUGCAUGACAGUACUGGGUUAAUGUGCCCACAGCACUCUCAGCCAGUCAUAUGCUAUGCAGUCCUUGGUCCAUCCAUGUCUAAUGACAUCAACAAUCUAGGUUGUCUAAUAAACUUUUCAUCAUAAGCAUGUGUAGGAUGCUAUUUGGGUUUUACAUUGACACAGCAAGCAAUAGAGAAUGCUGGAUUUCCCUUGUCACUUGGUUGUUUUGGAAAAACCCGAGAUCUGAGAACACUUUAGUGUCAGGAAAUAAAAAUUCUGCCGUCGCCCUCACCGGCCACAAAUAAAGGGUUAAAAACCCUUAUUCCAGUACUGCGGUCCCUCAGGCUGACUCCAUCUAAUGCACAUGUGCACUGAUCGCAGUGUGCGUAUUAGGCCUUCCUCAUAGAACAGCAUUGAUUCAAUGCUUUCCUAUGGGAUUUCAAAGUUAAAUUCUGUGAAAUAGCAGAAAGCACGUCUAUUGGCUGUCUGGUUAACACUGCAAUAUAAACAUUGCAGUUUCUGUAAAAUUGCAAUGUUUUGUAUGGCUGGGCCAAUAGGGUUGGGACAUUGCAUCUAGGCUAGUUCAAUGAGUUUAAGCCUCUAUAAGAAACAUUGCUAAGAUUGGAAAAUGAUUGGGCAGUGGUUCCAUUUAAGCUAUUCACCACUGAAAUAAAGAGCUUCACUGUGCAUUUAAGUUAUUUUACUGCCAUAGCAUAUCAAAUGUUACAUAUCUACAUACAUACUGAUGCAAUGUUAUCUUAGAAAAAACCUGUUUUGCAAUUGUCAAAAUGUGCUAAUUUGCAACACUGUACUGUAAAAUAUUCUUCUCUGGAUGAAAGCAGUGAACACUAAUUUUACUAGAUUGGGGGAUUCGGUUUAGUAAGCUCCUCUAAAGAGUGGAGCCCUUUAGUGGGGGCUCCUCUAAAGAGUGCAGCUAACAGUUAUCCAAAGAGACCACCAGCUGCUAUCUUUAGACUGCCCUAAAACCCCAGCAGCAAAAGAUGAUAGCAGAGUUAACCAGCACCACAAAUGCUCAAUGCCUGCCUUAUUAUUAUUAUUUUUAACUAAAUUACCACUACAGAAUUAUUUAUCCUCUGCUUACCUAUGUCAUGGAGCAAGCUUUAAAGUUUCACUCUAAGCACCAAAACCACUUUAGCUUAAAGGGACUCUCCAGUGCCAGGAAAAAAAAACACUGGCACUGCAGGUCCCCUCUCCCUCCCACCUCCCAUCCCAAGUUGCUGAAGGGGUUGAAACCCCUUCAGUGACUUACCUGUAUGCAGCGCCGAUGUCCCUCGGCGCUGGGUCAGGGUCCGCCCAUGCUCCUCCCCCGCCGAAUGACAGCCGGCGGGGGAGACCUGUUGCACAUGCGCGGCCGGCGGCGGGGGAGACAUAAUGUGCAUGUGCGGCAAUGCCGUGCACACGCAUUAGACCUCCCCAUAGGAAAGCAUUGAAUAAUGCUUUCCUAUGGGGAUUUCGGUGACGCUGGAGGUCCUCACAUAGCGUGAGGAGGUCCAGCGUCUUUAUAACAUACUUUUCGUGUCCUCUAGUGGCUGUGACUUAAGCCUGCAAGGUAAAUAUUGCAGUUUACUUGCAGGGUUAAGUGUAGUGGGAGUUGGCACCCAGACCACUCCAAUGGGCAAUGGGCAGAAUUUGCCUGGGUGCCUGGAGUGUCCCUUUAAUGAAAUGAUUUUGUUUGUAUACACCAACACUACUUGAUUAAGCUAAAGUUGUUAUGGUAAUUAGACUAUACCUUUAAUUUCUACAGCGUAUACAGCUGGUAUUUUGUGCGUUGAAACUUAACAGGAUUUGUUCUAAUAUUAGACCACAUGUCCUCCUUUUGUAACCUCCAUACUACAUAAGAUGAGUAUUAUUUAUAAAAUACCAGCAGGUUCCACAGUGCACCAUGAUUCUGUAUAUUGGACUUGCCUGCCAUAAAUAAAUGAAUCCGAAUUAAAGAGAUCCCUAGCUCUGACUAGGCCAAUUCACAUUUUACUUCCAUACCAAAGUCAAUCUGUUGUGGUGAAGGAGUUAAUAUGAAUAGAAAAAUCUCUAGAAUUUAUAGUACGUGCUUUAACCUCAUUAAACGAAAAUCACAGAUGGUUUUGACUUGAGUAUUAUGCUGUUCUGUUUCUUAUCCAAUUCCUGUAGACCCACUGAGCUAGAUGCCCUGGUAUUCGGACAUCUGUUCACAAUCCUCACUACACAGCUGACUAACGAUGAACUCCGUGAAAAAGUGAAGAGUUACAACAAUCUCAUUGGCUUUUGCAGAAGGAUUGAACAGAACUAUUUUGAAGAUCACGACCGAGAUAGCACAUCCGGUUCCUCUACAAGAUUAUCAAAGGGGCCUGUGCUGGCCUAG